GUAUUCUAAAGAAACAAAUGAUGUUGAUAUGUAAAUUCGUAUAAUAUGUUUUGUGUGUAUAUAGAUAAAUACAAUGUCCAUAGAAUUUUUCCUUAUACAUAAUUUUUAUAUAUAUUUUUUUUGCUUUCAGAAAAUGUGAUGAUGUUCCUUGAAAAGUUAUCCAGUAAAUUACGUGAACGGUGAGUUGUGGAUUUUUCAAAACAUUGUUUUGUAGAAAUACGGGAUGAUCUGGCUUAUCUUGGACUAAAUGUUACAAGUCAUGUUACCAAGUCUCAUUCUUUAGAAUUUUCAUCAUCGGUAUCAUUUGCAUAUUUAUAUAGUGCCAACCUUAUAGGCAGCUCUCUGCUGAAACAAGCUAAAAUACGGAGCUUUUCAUCCUGUUGCUAUCUUGAUUUUUAAAGUUCUGUCUUCUUAAUAUAUUGAAAGCAAUAGUCCCAGAUUGGUAUUCUAUGCAUUCUGGAAAUCACACAUACUGCCUUUGUAGCUUGGUAGCAGACACCACAUACAGCAGACUUUAAUAGUAAUCAGUGGGUUCUCUCCAGUACAGUGAAAGACUUCGAAAUGAUGUCUGCAAUGAAGAUGAAGUUAAACCCUAUGAAUGCGGUAAGAUAUUCAUUAUUGUAAAACAAAUACAAAUACAAGUCGGGCGCUUCAGUUUUUAGUAAUAAAUCUAUGCAGAGAAGGGUGAAAAAAGGUGUUGCCCCCACACCUUAAGAAAAAUAGAAAAAUAACACCAACUACAAAGUGUAAAAAACACAGAGUGAGAGUGUACCCUUCAAGCAAGAUAUAAAUAUAAAGUAAAAAAACACUUAUGCAUAUAUAUGAAUGGCAGGAUGGUCAUAAACAAUGACUAAAAAACAAUAACACAAAACAUAGUGUAUACUGCCAAAAUACAAGUGAGUAUAGAUGAAUAAUUGGUUCAACUCACAGAUUUCAGAGCCGUGCCAGGCCCUGUAUAGAAAGCCCAAAAGGUGCCUAAACAGGCUAAAAACGAAUGACCAUGGACCACUGGAAUCAGAUCACAGAUCCUCCCUCCCCGGUCCGCAGGCACUGUGCUGGCGGCCGGCGGUGGAGGGAGGGAGAGGGAGGAGAGAGGACCCAGGAGCUCCGGGUCCUCCUCUCGCGAGAUUUGGAGCGUUGCCGCGGUUACCACGGGAGCGCGGGCUAGAGUUCACUGUCCCCACUGGGACCACCAGGGAAUCACCACUGCGACCACCAGGGAACGAAAUAUGUCCCCCCUCCUCCUCAAUAAAGAUAAGAAGGGAGGGGGGACAUAGAAUAUUUAUUUAUUUUAAUUAAAUAAAUAAAAAUAUAUAUUAUUUUUUUUAAAAAAGAAGCCCCCUUACCCUUAUCACACACUCUAUACACAUACACCCCCAUACACACACACUGCCCCCCAUACUGCCCCCCAUACACACACACUGCCCCCCAUACACACACUGCCCCCCAUACUGCCUCCAUACACACACACUGUCCCCAUACACACAUUGCCCCCAUACUGCCCCCAUACACACAUACUGCCCCCCAUACACACACAUACACACACAUUGCCCCCAUACACACACAUUGCCCCAUACACACACAUUGCCCCCAUACACACACACAUUGCCCCCAUACUACCCCCAUAAACACACACAGCCCCCAUACACACAUACUGCCGCCCAUACACACACAUUGCCCCCCAUACACACACAUUGCCCACACUCACACAUACACUGCAAUACUCACACACACACUGGAACUGUUACACACACAUACUGUCCCACACAUACACUGCAUCCCUGACAUACACUGCCGCCCUCACUCACAUACAACAACCUUCACACACACACACUGCUCACACACUGUCCCCCUCUCUCUCACACACACACACACACACACACAUACUGCACCCCUUAUACAUUGCACCACUCACACACACCACUGCUCAUAUGCCCUACUACAGACCCAUUUCCCAGCAGACCUCAGGUAAGUUGUCAAACUGUUCUUAAACGGUAUGACUACUUACUCUGGGAGGGGGUCCCGGCACUAUUGACACCAUAACCACUACACUGAGCUGUAGUGGUUAUUGUGUCUGGAUUAUUUCUUUAAAUAAUCUACAAGUGCCCCUCCCGAGAUCAGGCUCUGGAUCCGCCACUGAAUGCAGUGGCAUCUCUGCCUCAUAGUCACCUUAUUUAGAUGAAAUGAUUUUGCUGCUUAGUUUUUAACUUUUACUUUUUCAGUUGUUGAACUAUUUAUUACUGAAAUGUAAAUGUUAGAAAGUAAGGCUCUGUGGCCCAUAGGGUUUAACAUGCCCUUGUAUCAUAUCUGAUUUUUUCCUCGAAAAACCUUCUGGGACAUUUGCUCGUUUAAGCAGGGUCCUCAGCACCUUACAUCCAAAUUGUCUUGUUGCAACUAAUUGUGUGUUAGUCCACCUAUUGUACCACGCUGCAGAAUUUUGGUGGCGCUUUAUAAAUAAUCCUAAUAAUCUCAACUGUAUCAGACGUUUUGCUAGUGCAGGUUUUACACAUUCAGUAUGGAAGUAGUAAUGAUUAGAAUUGGAUACUCAGCCUCACAUAGAAUCCUAUGCCAAGAAUGGAACUGAAACAAAAUAGAAUUGCUGCAAUUUGCGUCUUCUUGAUGAGAAAAAGACUGUACUGUAAUUAGGGCUGAGUUCGCACAUACAUGUGAACAACAUAUCAGUGGAUUCCUUUAGACAUAGAUCUCCACGCUUCAGCAAUAUUCAUCAUGAACACCUGGUUACUGAUUAAAGCACUGGAAAUGUAUUUAUCACUUUUUUCCCCCUCUAGAAUUUGAUGCCUUGGGAUCCCCCGUUUUAUGCUGGCAUUGUGCGUGCAGAGAAGUAAGUAGUGUUCUACAUUCCAUGUAUGCAAAGGAUUAGAAUGAUCAGUGCCUUAGAAUGUUAGAAAAGAUUGCUAAAUUAGUUUCUUUUUUUCUCCAUGUACCAAAGGGUUGUACUAUAUUUUUAAUGAAAUUGUUCUCUUUAUAAAGUGGCAUCAAGUCAUGUUAACAUUAAUAAAACAAACAUUAUUUGUGCAAUAAAUUGUUGAAUAAAUAUUUUUUGUUUUGUGUAACCCUCAUAGUAGUGUCCCAUUGGCCACCCUCUCCCCUACCCCCAUCGGCCCCUGGCGCCACUAUGGUGGGGAGCAAGAAGUUCCUAAGCAGUGUAUGUGUUCGUCCUGAACAGUAACUUUUGUCAUCCAAACGAUUUCACUUUGAUGUAUACAUCUGUUCUUUAUUUGGUAGCGAAUUGUUUUGAUAUGUUAUCAUGAAAUAUGAAUACAGAAUUUUGCAGGUCAUAGCUACCGAGCUCCUCGGCUUCACACCGGUUUAAAGGGGCACUGUAAGUAGCAUAACUUCAUCAGUGUACAGUAAUGGUUCUGGUGCUUUAAGUCAUCUGACCAAAAGUGGAGCUAAUGCGGAAGACUACUUCUACAAAAGCCCACAAUGAUGGGUGGCAGGAAAGCAGUAAUUGAGUUGUUUGACAUAGUGUGAUAGCCCCAGAAACGUUCGAUUAUUAUCACUACAAUGAGAUGUAGUUGGUAUGGUGCUUGUUUACAUAUUUACAUUCUAACAAAUGGGUAACAGGUGGGCUGGGGGUACACAGAGCCUUGCCUGUCACUCUGUGUGGAGGAUCUCCAUUAUCUUCUAUCAGGUCUAAGUGGAGGAUAAUAAAGCUCCUCUACCGUGUACCCUGUAUCCUCAAUACAGAAAAGUACAAGUUUGGGUACAGCAUUGAAAUCUUUAGUGGAUCAUCAUUGGUGACAGCUAUUGGGGUUGGCUCUUACUCGGCCUUGAAUCUAGGAAAGUCCAGCAGAGGAGAAAUAGAGACAAAGUAGUUCCUACCUUGAUUCCGUAUAUCUCUUGACUGUCUUGGAAUUGACUGAAAUUCUAUUGUUGUGAAAUACUCAUUCUUCGAGGGGAAUUUGAUAUUUUAGGUGGGUGCGGACAUACAGUUUUGACUCUGGCCAUGUAAUCCAAUUACGCUUCUGCGUGCUAAUGUUUGUUUAGAAUACUCUUAAUAAUGUAGAUAUGGCAUGUAUACCACUUACUGUAUUAUUAAUCUGUCCCUUAUUGUAUUGCUAUUGUUAAUCUAUGUAACGCACCUUGCAUAAUAGUGCAAUAUAAUACAUUAAUAAUAAACAUGAGUUUUAUCUGACUGCAGAGGGCGCUCACAUGUAGAAAAUGAGUGGCAAAAAUGCUGUGCUGCUAAAUUGUAUUUAUUUUUUACAUUUAUUAUAGUAUACCGAUAACAAGUAGUGGGAUUCAAAAAUUAUAGUAACCAGUUCUGACUUUUCAUAUGUUUCCAACUCCACCGGACCCACCUCCAGUCAUGCACACACUCACUCACAAGCACACUGAUACAGUCACACAUAUAUACCAUGGGGGAUCAAGAAAAUGCUAUUAAUGUAUUAAAUGCAUAAACCUUGUAUUUCAAGUGAGUGUACAGUAAACGCAUAAACCUUGUAUACCAUGCCAAUGAUCAGCAAAUACAAAAAUUAGGUAUACCACGACGAUUAUCAAUAAAUAUAUAAACUUGAUAUUUCAUGCAAAUGAAAAGUAAAUGCAGAAACUUGGUAUACCAUGCCAAUGAAGCAAUAAAUACAUAAACUAGGUAUAUCAUGACAAUGAGCAGUAAAUACAUAAAUCAUGAAUAUCAUGAUAGUAAAUUGUGUGUGUGAAGGGGAAUUGGGGCAGCGGAUUAUGUGUGAAAGGGACAUGGGGCGGCAGGGUGUGUGUGAGGGAGAUAUGAGGCAGUAAGGUGAUUGUGAGAGGGACAUAAUGUGGCAGUGUGUUUGAGGGGGACAAGGGGCGGCAGUAUAUGUGAGGGGAACAUGGGGUGGCGGGGGGGUGCAGAGCAGGUGCAAGGAUUUUUGUCUACACAGACAAAGACGCCUUUUGCCGACCACAAAUUUCGUCUUCAUCUGUCUGCCUAAUAUCCUCCUUUUGCCCCUUUUAGCCAUCCUUUUGUGUAUCUUGCCACCUUUUUCUUUCUCCUUUUCCUUUUUGCAUAUUGUAUCCCCUGUUUGUCAUUCUUUUAAUGAUUUGUGUCUUUAUCCCAAUGUUCUGGUCUCUUAACGCGCUCUUACACACACACACACACACUCAUAGCCAGUCCAAACACUAAUAAUUUUCUAUCUAUUCCUUCUCCCCCCCCUUCUUUUCCCAAUUGUCUAAACCCUUCAUGUCCCUAUCUACCUAUUUCUCAAUCUCUGGCAGUGUUUCAUAUCUUUUUUUAAUUACUUUUUUUUUUUCCUGCUCUUUUUUCCCCCAAAAUGGCUGGGAUCUGCAUCCUGCUGCCAACUGCCGGGAAAGCCAAGGGCCACUGAGGGGCCAGUCUUAUAGCAGACACAUUUAUGGCAGAGACCAUGGGUAGCAGCAGAGUUAGUGGCUGAGGCACAGAGAGACACCUGUACGUUUUUGGAGUCUGUCUCAUUACUCUCAGGCAGAGUAACUCCCUGCCUAAGAGUAAUGAGUCUGAGACUCCAGAGCUAAAUGCCUCUGUAAAUCUAAACAAAUGGGAAGCUCCAACUUGCAGGACUCCUUCCCCUCACCCUUCAACACCCGAGCCCACCUUUACAGCACUUAUCAGACCAUCCCAGAUUACUGAGGUGGCAUGAUCUGUCCUCACCCACAUGCAAAGCUUGGAGAGAUCAUUCCCGCUCUCCACUCAUGCGGGAAACAGCGCACAGGAGUGAAAGCAGGUCUGUGCCGGAAGAGGCUCAGUCCUGCACGCACUCCUGAGCACUGCAUUUAAAGUGGUAUGGCUCCUCUGGUCCGCGCCAGUUCGGCGAACUUGUUAAAUUUUAGCUGAUAACCGCUAGCCACAAGUGAAUUGUAAGAAAAACUGGCCUUGGUUAUUUAUCACAACUUUGCUCCACAUCACAUAUGGAAUCCUCAAAUGUCCUUUCUCUUGUUAAAGAUAAUUAUUUAAAUAGCUGAACCUUUUUUUUUUUUCUGCCAUCUACUUCAAACCCUGUUACACAACUCCAUUCCUUGUAGUAUGACCACGCACAGAAAUAUUCAUGAUUAUUCAAGAAACAAUCUGCAUAAAAUAAAGCCAUUAUUAUAAAUAAUAUUUUUUUAAAGUUAACGAGUUGGCAUGUUCCAUGUUAUUCUGCAGACAGCGUUUUGGUGUGAGCAGGGUUUUAUGUCUGGUCACACCAGGGACACUCGAUCGAUACCCAGGCCCCCCCCCGUCAGCUUUAAUUGUGAUUCUCUAGAUGAAAGCACUCCGAGAGAUCCCCAGGAUCUGAAAAGAAACUGAUGGGGUCUCAUUGCAUAAACCCCUGCUGUCUGUGUUGAGUGUUGAUCUUUGUCAGCUGCCCAGCAUCAAUAACAAUGUGAUGGCAGGGACAGCAUACCAGCAGCAACUUUUAGGUAUGUGCAGGUUUAAAUAGAUGCUUACGCGAGGAGACCCAAGCAUCUAUCGAUACCUGGGGCUCUCCUCUGUCAGCACGGAUAAUACUUAGUGGCCACAGACUGACAAAUGAACUGCAUGAAAAGUGAUCUCUGUAUAGGACCCUUUACAUCACUGUGACUUGGCCAUGGUGAUUCUCUGGCUGUCAGAACCUGACAGGAUCUCCCUGAAUCCCCCUGGGGAGUUUUGGGAAAGAAGUGUUGUAUGCAAAACUUUUACCUUUGUUACAAGGAAUUAUUCCCUAACCUUUAAGUGUAUGUAUGUAUAUGUAUGUAUGUAUAUAUAUAUAUAUAUAUAUAUAUAUAUAUGUAUGUAUAUAUAUGUGUGUGUGUAUAUAUGUAUUUAUAUUAAGAUUUGUAUAUAAAAAAUAUUUCCAUAGAUUCCUUAAUAUCACAGUUCCUUUCUGGAGCAACGAUUUCUGAAACCUUGUCAUUUCUGAAACAUUUUGUUAGUUCACUGACAAGUUAUUACAAGCACUGAAUAAUACUUGUUUGGUUUUUUUAUUGUGUGUUCAUUUGCUAAAAUGGCUGCUCAUGAUUCUAUAUAUUGGUUUUGAACUAUAGACCCCUUGAUUGUAUUAAACCAAAAGUGUGUAAACGGGAAAGCACCUUUAUCCUGAACAAGCUGAUCCAACUGGAUGAGUGUCUACAAAAUGUGUCCCUCCAUAAUCCUCAAUGGUCACUAUUUUACAGCAGUAAUGGGAUUUUACUCCCCAACACAUGAAUGAAAGAUACCUAGAGCUCUGAUGGGAUCUUGCCACAUACCAUGCAAGAAAGCUAUAUAGAGCCAUGACAGGAUCUUACCACAUACCGUGUGAAUCAACGCUAUCUAGAGCCAUGAUGGGAUCUUGCCACAUACCAUGUGAAUGAACGCUAUCUACAGCCAUGAUGGGAUCUUACCACAUACCAUGUGAAUGAACGCUAUCUAGGCCAUGAUGGGAUCUUGCCACAUACCAUGUGAAUGAACGCUAUCUAGGCCAUGAUGGGAUCUUGCCACAUACCAUGUGAAUGAACGCUAUCUAGGCCAUGAUGGGAUCUUACCACAUACCAUGUGAAUGAAUGCUAUCUAGAGCCAUGAUGGGAUCUUGCCACAUACCAUGUGAAUGAAUGCUAUCUAGAGCCAUGAUGGGAUCUUACCACAUACCAUGUGAAUGAAUGCUAUAUAUAGAGCCAUGAUGGGAUCUUGACACAUAGCAUGUGAAUGAACGCUAUCUAGAGCCAUGAUGGGAUCUUACCACAUAACAUGUGAAUGAACGCUAUCUAGAGCCAUGAUGGGAUCUUUCCACAUACCAUGUGAAUGAACGCUAUCUAGAGCCAUGAUGGGAUCUUGCCACAUACCAUGUGAAUGAACGCUAUCAAGAGCCAUGAUGGGAUCUUGCCACAUACCAUGUGAAUGAACGCUAUCGAGAGCCAUGAUGGGAUCUUGCCACAUGCCACGUGAAUGAACGCUAUCGAGAGCCAUGAUGGGAUCUUGCCACAUACCACGUGAAUGAACGCUAUCGAGAGCCAUGAUGGGAUCUUGCCACAUACCAUGUGAAUGAACGCUAUCGAGAGCCAUGAUGGGAUCUUGCCACAUACCAUGUGAAUGAACGCUAUCGAGAGCCAUGAUGGGAUCUUGCCACAUACCAUGUGAAUGAACGCUAUCGAGAGCCAUGAUGGGAUCUUGCCACAUACCAUGUGAAUGAAAGCAAUCUAUUGCAGUUAUGAAAUCGUACCACACAUCAUGUGAAUGAAAGAUAUCUAGAUUGGUUAUGAGAUCUUACCACUUGUCAAAUACAUGGAAGACAGAGGAUCAUCGGGAAUGUUUUUUACGAACCAUUAAGGGUGCCAUGGUUGGCUAUACAUGAUUAAAAUUGGCUUGCUGUGAUUAUAUUUUUUUUCAUGGUGAAGCGAGAAAAGGCUUUUUUUUUAUUUUUUUUAAUGCACAAAAAUGUGCAAUAAUAAAUAAUCUUAAAAAAACUGCUCCUGAAGGAACACAGACAGGCAGAGAGAAAACCAAACGUUCAAAAGAGAUCAUGUAGUGAAAAAGGAGAGAACGAUUCUUUAAUGAGUUCUGUAGCUCUGCUUAUUUUCCUUGUCAUUUUUAGCAACUUAUUCUAGCUGCAAUCUUCUAAUCCUGUAAAUGCAUGUUUGACAUAAUCUGGAGGCAGACAUUCAGUACUGCUAAUACCAGUGUCAUCUGAAAGAUACAGUAAUUGUGGGGCCUCAGGACUGCUGACAGCAAAAUCUUAUGAUUGAUGAAAACUAUCAUUUGCAUUCCAGUAAGUAUAAUCUCAAAUUCUCAAUGAGCAAUGUACUCCCCCCAUAAUUCUUUUUUUAUUUUUUUAUUUUUAUUUAUUUAUUUUUUUAGAAUUUUGAAUAUCUUCUUUGAUUAUCAUGUGUAACGCAGUGUUUCACAACAGUAAAAGCAUUUAAUGUAUCAGACCGCCCUGAUCUUUAAAUGUCUUAAUCCUCAAGUGGUGACAUUUAAUGAGAAACUUUACUCACCUGUACCUGAAAAUAUUGACUUAUAUGGCCUUAUCGAAACUAAAAGUGACAAUCUUGUAUUAUGUUGCUUAUUUGUCUUCACAAUAUCCUCUAUAUUCUCCACGAUUUGCCAAAACAUUCUGCAAAUCUUCCUAUUCGUUCAUCCACAGGUUUUGUUACAUCAUUUCCCCUUUCCUCUUUUAAAGGUUUCCUGCCCUCUUCCGUCUCUCCAUGAGCUAUAUUCCAAAAAACCACCUUUUGUCUUUCUACCGUUGUUCUUUACCUGCUUUGCUUUAAUUUUAAAUUGAUUUUGCUUCCUUCUUGUGGUCUCAAAAAUGGCCUCUCCAUUUUUCCACCUUCUAUUACAGCAUGCAAGGAAAAUGAGAUCUGGUUUAAUAAAAAAAAAAAAAAAAAAAAUCUUUCCUUCAAGAUUCCACACAAUUUUUAAGUACAACAGACACUUUGCACUCCAGGCACCAAAGGUUGUAGUUCAUCUGUUGGCUUUAUGCGGCUAACAAAUAGAGAAAAAAAAUUAAUAUACUGCAUGGUAAAUCUGUGUAGAUGAAUGUAUGGAAGUUAAUUACUUCAGCAAAUGGAAACUCUCAAAAUAGCAUGGGUCUAAGGAUCUCCAACAAACUGGAGAAGGAGGAUUCCUCCGGGACCUGAGAGUAAAACACCAAAAUCAUGACCGGGUCCAAAAAUAUUUAUUACAGUAAAGGAGCAAUUAUUUACAUGUAAGUGAAUAAAAAUCUUCAACAGCAAACCGGAUGGGAACACAGCAAUAUAGAUACAUGAUGUUGCACAACGCGUUUCGACCUUUAGUCUUCUUCAGGGGCUCUGUAGAACAUUGCCUACUCAUCCAUAUAUAUACUUCUAUUCAAUUAAUUUUCGUGCCAUUCAGUGCACUUCUGGGAUCGUGCCGACCUCAAGCGUAACUUGUGUAUCCGGCAUCCAUAAUUUAUUAUUUCUGGAAUUUAGCUUUUUAUUUGCAUCGUUUUCAGGCUUUACUAAAUGUACCAUCCGGUGCACAUUCGUGUCAGAUAUAAUCAAUUCACAUUAUUUGGAGUCUAUUGUGUGUAUGUAUACAUGUGUAUAUUCUUGUUUUUGCUCUCUCCAAGUUAAAAGAAUAAUCCAGACGUGGACCUCAUGCUUACUGUGCCUAGAGAGGUAUCUGCUACACCUCGCUGACGAGGCCCAAAGAAGGCUGAAACCAUCGUCUGGGGUUGCUGUAUCUCUCGUGCAGAGGGAACUUGCUGGCAUUUCGGUUCUGGACUGCCCGUAUGGUGGGACCAGUGUGAUAUGCUUCAGAUAUGUUCUCUCUGUAAUGGCACAAGUGAGAAAAAUAUUUUACGACCUGAGCAGGGAUAUACCGAAGGGCAAGCUAAUGAGUUUCUCUAAGCUUUUGUCCGUUCUCAGAGUUCUCAUAUUCUGUUUUUUUGCGUUAAAAUAAAUAAAUACUCAUAACGAAGGAACUUAAAGGAAGGAAGUUAAAAUGUAAAAAUUGCAAUAAUAUACUAUUUAAAAAUCUAUAUUUAGUCCCGUUGGAGAGAGUGUUUCAGUCUCAAAAACCCAUCUUCUUUCUGCUUGUUAUAAUUGUUUAAAGGAACACAGACAUGUAUUCCUGAACCUAUAAUGUUAUAACCACCAUUAAAGUGACUUGCCUCCCCCCUGCACCCUCCAUAGCCCCCUUCAAAGCUUAUAAAACUUGCCUUAUUUCCCGCACCGCCCCAAUCCGCCUCCCUGCUGACAUCAGAAUUUAUGAUUUCAACCAAUCCAAUGCUUUCCCAUAGUAUAUAUGUAUAUGCACUCCGCAUCCUCCGUUAAGGCUCCACGCGGAAAUUGGUAAACCUUUUAAAUAGUAAAGAAUAUUAACCAUGUAUACCUUGGUCUUCCAAUAGCAAGACUAAGGUAUACUGGUCUCAUGUCAUACCUACAAAUCUAAUUAAAAUUUAGGUAGCAAAGGACAACAUUUUGUGAAUAGGUGUUUUGAUGCAUAUGUGAUGAUCAACUACACAGAGUAUCGCACACUUCAUUUCAGCGUAGUGCUACUUUGGCACUAGGUGUUUUUGUUGAAACCUUGUCAUUUCUGAAUCAUAAGCCUUAUUCUAUAAGUGUUUUAUUUUAUUUUUUUUGUACUGUUUUUGCAUAAAAUAUUUUAUGCAUUAUCUGCUUUAAACCAUUAAAAAUGGCGGUUAAAUACCUGACGAUUGUUUCCCUUUAAAACAAUUGACACAUACCUAAAAAUGUUAAUAGGAACCACCUGAUAACUGCUGGAAUUGUAGACGCUGAAUAUCUACCAUAGAAUUCCAGUUUAUAAACUUUAGUUUGUUAACCCCUUAAAACCGGAGGGCGUACUAUUACGCCCUAUUCUAAGCGGCUCUAAACGCGUUUUUUUGUUACUUACCCGGUCGCCGGCGAUCCCACGCCAGCGAUCGCGGUUGGGAAUACUCAUCUGGGAUCCCAGGGAGUCCCCCUCUGGCCCCCCCCGGCCAUGUGAGAGUGAGGUCCUUGCAAGGGCCUCACAAUCACAUGGCCGGGUUAGCUAGCUGCUGCAUUGCCAGCAGGGCGACUGCCUGUAAUGACAGUUAGUCCCUCUGCUGGCUGGAAAUCAAAUAAAGUUAAAAUCAGUGUAAAAAAAAAAUAUAUACUUAGAUUAGAUAGAUACUGAUUAAAAAUAUAUAUAAUUAAAAUAUACUUAAUAUAAGUAUAAUAUAAUUAAUAUAUACUGAUUAAAUAUAUAUAAUUAUAUAUAUAUAUAUAUAUUUAUAUAUAAUAUAAAAAAAAAUAUGUAAAUAUGUUAAAAAAUGUAAUUAAAAAAAUAAAAAAUAAAUAAAUAUAUAGAUGUGUUUGUUCUAACUGUAUUGUGAUAUAAAUAUAUAUUUAUAUCAAAAUACACGUAGAACGAAAUAAUAAAUAUAUCUAUAUACAUAAAUAUAUACAUAUAUAUCACUAUACCUAUAUAUAAAUAAAAAUAUAAUUUUUUUAUAUAUUUAUAUAUAUAUAUUAUACAUACGUAUAUAUAUAUAUAUAUAUAUAUAUAUAUAUAUAUAUAUAUAUAUAUAUAUAUAUAUAUAUAUAUAUAUUAAUUCUACAUAUAUAUUUAUGUAAUAUUUUACAUAAUUAGGUAUUUUAAUUAAUUACAAUUAGCGGGACCUGCCUGACAGUAAAGGGAAUUUAAUUUGCUAGCACUAUAUUUAACCCUAUAACUUUCCAAGACACCAUAAAACCUGUACAUGGGGGGUACUGUUUUACUCGGGAGACUUUGCUAAACACAAAUAUUAGUGUUUCAAAACCGUAAAAUGUAUUACAACUAUGAUAUCGACCAGUAAAAGUGAAGUUUUUUGCAUUUUUCACACAUAAACAGCACUUACACGGACGAUAUUAUUGCUGUGAUACUUUUUACUGUUUUGAAACACAAAUAUUUGUGUUCAGCGAAGUUUCCCGAGUACAACAGUACCCCUCAUGUACAGGUUUUAUGGUGUUUUCAAAAGUUACAGCGUCAAAUAUAAGGCUUGUGUUUCAUUUUUUUCACUUUAAAAUUCGCCAGAUUGGUUACGUUGCCUUUGAGACCCUAUGGUAGUCCAAGAAUGAAAAUUACCCCUAUGAUGUCAUACCAUUUGCAAUAGUAGACAACCCAAGGUAUUGCAAAUGGGUUAUGUCCAGUGUUUUUUAGUAGCCACUUAGUCACAAACACUGGCCAAAAUUGGCGUUUUUUGCAUUUUUCACACACAAAUAUUAACGCUAACUUUGGCCAGUGUUUGUGACCAAAUGGCUACUAAAAAAGACUGGACAUAUACCCCAUUUGCAAUACCUUGAGUUGUCUACUAUUGCAAAUGGUAUGCCAUUAUGGGUGUAAAUUUCAUUCCUGGGCUACAGUAGAGUCUCAAAGGCAACAUGACCAAUUUGGCGAAUUUCAAUUUUAAAUGUAACGUGCUAUAUUUGAUCUGUAACUUCCCAAAACACCAUAAAACCUGUACAUAGGGGGUACUGUUUUACAAGUGAGACUUUGCUGAAUACAAAUAUGUGUAUUUUAUUGCAGUAAAAGCAAACAGUAUUAUGACAUUGACAGUUAAAAUGUCAUGUAGAACCACAAUAAUAACAUUUCUAAUUUUUUCUCCCAUUUUUUUCAUAUUAAAUUAUGUUUCAUAGCUAAAUAUUUGAUAUAAAAUGAAAGCCCUGUUUCCCCUGAAUAAAAUGAUAUAUAAUAAGGGUGGGUGCAUUUAAUAUGAAAGAGGUGAAUUACAGUUGGACAGACAUGUAGUGCAAAUGCCAGGUUUUGUUUAUGUUUUGUUUUGUUCACAACGUGUACAUUUGGCUCAGUCCUUAAGGGGUUAACCCCUUAAGGACACAUGACAUGUGUGACAUGUCAUGAUUCCCUUUUAUUCCAGAAGUUUGGUCCUUAAGGGGUUAAUCUGACUGCAUGUUUGUGGCAGCUGCCUGGGUAUUUUCAAAUGAGUUUUGGUUUGAAACUCUUAUUCCCCCUCUCCGUGUUCGCGUCUGUUAAAUAGAUCCAGCAGUCCAUUGAGUAACUUCAUGUGGUUGCCUUUUAAGUUUGCUUGACCUUUUGUGAUUGCUUAGUUGACAUUUACAAUGAUAGGCAGGGCAAAUAUGUAUAUUUUCCUGGCGGCGGCUAAAAAGGACAGGCUUUGCAAAAAAAAAAAUAUAGCACAGAUGUCAAACAUCUUGUAUUUGUGAUCUGCCAACCAGAAGCCUCAGAAGCUUGGGCAACAGACUUGCUGUAAUUAUUUUGACAUUAUAUUUCUAGAGCUAGCUCUGAAAAUUAGCCUUCACUGACCAAGCUAAUUAAAUGCACAUGUAACAAAAUAAAGUGUUUUAGUUUAAACAUUUAGCAUUUAUUCAUUGUGUGUAGAGUAAAGGAACACUCCAACCUCAGUAACAACUUCAGCUCAUUGCCGAUAUUAUGGUGGCAGGAGUGUCCAAGCACCAUUUUUCCUUCUGUGGUUAAGCCAUUUUUUAUGGUUUAACCCCAAAUUUGGCCUACCAGCACUGGACACCACAGUUUCCUUCCUCUCUGUCACGGCAGUGUAAGUUGGAUUUUUGUGGAGUGGCCGAUGAUGUUGAAAGCAUCAGCUGAUGAUCUUAACCAACCACUCAUCACCUGUUGAGAGAAAUAGUAGAUACGAUCUCUCAAUGGGAGGACACGGACCGUCACUAGAGGCUACUGAUGACACUGGUUGCAUCUAGUACCUUUUCAUGGGUUCAGUGUUUCUGUAUGAGAAGGAUCGGAUUGGCAGAGUGUAGCGGUUGCUGUGUAUGCACCCCUUGCCCCCAAUGCUUCUUUAUUAGAAGCACCGGAUUGGGCAAAAGUCAGAAUUGAUUACUUUAUUAGAGGCAGGGAGGCUGUAGAGGGGAGACUGUUCCAGCAUUGGACCACUUUUACCACUUUUACAUUGUGUGGGGAGAGUGGACAGAGAAGCACAGCCACGUCACACACAGUCUCGCCCUUACAGUCAGUCACCCUUAUACACACAGGGAUAUGGUGUUUGUAUUGCCUGAUGCCUGGGACAUGCAGUUCUGGGUGACAAGCAGGCAUAUUUUAUUUUUUGCCCUUUUAUUUUUGGCCACACUCCUCCACAUACACAGUCACAGCCUUGCUCAUAACACUGCACAGAUCCACAAGACCACAUGUACCUCACAGACACAGAAAUACACAUGUUCACAGACAUACAGAUAUACAUUCCAGUCACACACCCAUACAAAACUAUUCGCUGCCAGACACACCCUGUGACUGUGUCUGUAUUUAUCUCUGUGUGUGUGUGUGUGUGUGUAUAUGAAUGUGUUGGGUAAAUGUCUAUUACAUACUCAUACAUGUUCCUUUAAUGCAACACUGUGUUUCCUUUAGCUAAUGUGCCAUCUAUGAAUACUGAAACAGCUAAAAUACAUCAAAAAUAGUCUUAUUCAGAUGGUGUCUUUUUGCUGAACACUUGCUUGUGAAGGUUUAAUAAAGGGGAAAGGCUGAAUCUAAAAUAAAAUUAAAACCGCACAACCUUAAAAAUAUUUGUAUUUUUUACUGUUAACAUUUUUCAUAAAAGCCACUUCUGAAACAGUUUUUUUUCCUACAGACUUUCCUGCCCAACAUUGUUACUGCAGAUAAAUACUGUUGGAUAAGGCUAUACAAAUGAGUCCAACCAGAUUAAGGGGAUCUGGCACUAAAAAGAGGCAGCAGGUGCUUUAAGGCUAUGAAGUGACUCCUGCUGUGUUAAGAAUGCUUGUCUCAUUGUCAAAGAGGUUUAAAUCCAUAGCAAUUCCAGAAAUGUUCUUUACAAUAUGACUUCCUUUCAUUUAUAUGCAGGGCAGAGUACUGGAAAUAUUUCUUAUCCAUUUGUUAGUAGGAGAGUAUCUGUAAAGUAAUCGUGAUAACCUGAAACAAAAAUACAGACUUAGAAAUAAAAUGUUAAAAAUAAAUAAAUGUAAUACUGUAAUUGUGUUGUUUCUAAAUGUUUUGCUUUGUUCGCACCCACAGGUAUAAUAUAGAACCCAGCCUGUAUUCACCAUUCUUCUCUCUUGGUGCCUGCAUGGAGGGGUUAACCUUCCUUUUUAAUCAGCUUCUUGGCAUCACGCUGUAUUCUGAAGAACCGGAGAAAGGAGAGGUUUGGCAUGAAGAUGUUCGCAAGCUGGUGUGUAUGAGGGGGCUUUUAUGGGUGGUUUUCUUGUGCUUCUCUCUUAAAGAGGCUGUUUAGGCACCAAGACCAACCUAUGCUGGUUAUGGCACCAUAUACUGGUUCUUAAUCAAAAAUCAAAAUGUAAGAAUCCCCGAGGCAUAUGAAACUGUUCCCCAGUGGUCAGAAUUUCUGUUGUGAAAGUUCAAUUUCCACAUAAGAUAUGUCUGUUUCAUCCAUAUUUUAAAGCCAUUCAUUGGCUGAGCAGUGAUGGUGCCCACCGCCUUAUUGCACCAUAAUUUCUUGAAUGAUCCUUAAACAACCGUAGAUAAAGUAAUGUUAAUUGUAAAAAUCCUUAGUCAAUAUUUAAGUUUGCGGAUCCCUCCUAUAUCAGGAGUAGGGUAUCUUUUUAGCCACAUUGCCAAAAUAGGACUUUAAAGCGGUACUGCCAUGCCGAACUUACCUUUCCCCAAUUGAUUCCUCUUCUCUCCCUCUCUCAGGAUCUGUUCUUCAUUUCUUCCUGUCUGCUCUAGUUUUCUUUAAAACUUAAGAAAAAGUAGGGACUAUUUCUCUUAUGGAGGUUUCCUGCGCAGUGACCAGCGGAGGAGCAAAGUGUGCUUCAUUUCCGGUGGUCAAAGCAAUUUUCCCAUCAUCCUUAGCUUUCCUCCCUGUUCCCACGAUGCCUCCUGUCAGUAUGGCCGAACGUCCUGUCACUUAGACAGGACGCUGGCAAAACUGCCGAAUUGCAUUCUAACAGUUUCUUCAUUCGUGUUAGAACGCAAUUCGGGACUUUGUUCGCAUCGGAAUUUAAUUCGAAUGAAUGAAACUCUGAUCCUAUUCAUUGCCGCGGCUGCGUCUUGCAGCCGCUUAGUAGAUAACUCCCUAACUCCCACGGUAUCAGGGAGCUAUAUACUAAAAGACCUAAAUUGGUCUUUCAGCCACAUUUACUAAUACUAAGUAAAGAUUACUUAGUAUUAGUAAAUAAUCUGCCCUGUCUAGUAAGCAGUGAGCAGCCUGUGGCUGCUCACUGUAAAAAAGAAAAAAAGAAAAAUAAAAACCUAUUGCCCCCAUCCCUGUGCGACAGUUGGGGACCAUAAAGAUAAUGGGGGGGGGACCUACUGUCCUCCACCCGGACCCUACCCCUGCGUGGUGGGUGGGGCCAUAAAUUACAAUGGGGGGGACCUACUGUCCUCCCCACCCCUGCGCGGUUGGUGAGGGCCAUAAAUUACAAUGGGGGUGGGACCUACUGUCCUCCCGGCCCCCCCACCCAAAUAAAAAGUUACCCCCUACCUACCUAAAAGUUACCAUUUAUUGGCACCUUCUCCAUGUAUUGUUUGAGUAAGCUGUAUGUAUUGUGUGAGGUUGUCUGUGUGUGGACUAUCAUAUGUGUAUGACAGCUUUAAAUCAUUGUAAAAUUGUGAUAUUGUUCUUUAAGUUAAAUAGUAUUGUAAAAUACCAUGGCUGUCUUCCCCAAUUAUGGAGAGCGCCAAGCACCGUAACCAAUACAGCGUGCUGUACUUGACUCAACCAUUGUUUUUUUUUGUUUUUUUUCCAAUUCAUGUGAAGACAGCCUCCAUUUCAUUAGGUGAAUGUUAAUGUACUAUUUCUUUUUAUUACAAGGCUGUAGUGCAUGAAAACGAAGGCUUGUUGGGAUAUAUUUAUUGUGACUUCUUCCAUAGAGCCGAGAAGCCUCCUCAGGUAAGCACUAUAAAGCAGCGACGUUCACACAAAUUAGUAAAGACAUAGAUUGCAUUGUAUUCAGUACUCCAUGUUCACUGUCUGUUAAAGGGACACUAUAGUCACCAGAACAAUUACAGCUUAAUGUAGUUGUUCUGGUGAGUAUAAUCAUUGCCUUCAGGCAUUUUCAUGCAUACACUUUCUUUUCAGAGAAAAGACAGUGUUUAUAUUUCCCUUUAGGGACUCCUGAGGGGUGGCCACUGGGGAUUCUUCCCAGGGCAGUACUUAACAGUAGGCAGCACUGCCAUUCAGGGUCUCUACUCUCUGCCUGGAGGCGCUGAAUUUUCCGCAUAGAGCUGCAUUAAUUCCGUAUAGGAAAUCUUUGCAUUAUCUAAAGAGCGUCAAUGCUGAUGUCACCAAGGAGGCGGAUCUGGGGCAAGGCCAGCAUCGGCAGACCAACACAGCGUUGAAAAUAAGGUGAGUUUUCAGCUUUUCUAAGGGUGAGGGGGGGAAAGCCACCUAAAUUUUGGCUUAAACACUAUAGGGUCAGGAAUACAUGUUUGUGUUCCGCACCCUAUAUAGUGCUCCUUUAAGCAUACAUUUAAUCAACACACUUUAGAUUGGUCUACAUAGACUGCAAAAAGAUAAUAUACGAAGGAGGAGAAAAUCCCAGUGGCUUGUCAAAAAUAUUUGUGUUAUUCUGUCUCAAUUAUUAUUCAGUUGUAUAAUUUAGUAUGCACAAUAAAGAGAACAGGACUAAAAUCGUGAUUUAUGACUGGGUUGAGAAUGAGCAAAAACUCAAUAGUUUGUCCCUUUGGUAAGUCCCCACUUGGGUCUCAAACAUUUCUUGUCCUGUAGAAAGUACCCCUGUGAGAGCCGCUCCUGUUGCAACUGGUCGUGUAACUAAUUUAUCUAGAACAUUUGUUUCUAGAGAUCUGUAUACGAGCUGUGUGUUUUGAUAGCCUUUUUUAAAAGGAGAAAACUUAAACCAGCUGAAUUAAUAGAGGCUGGGGCGUCAUUUCAUCUGUAAUCCCAAAAUUUCACAUCAUGAUGAAAUGCUUAAGAGAAGCAGGAACAUAUCUGGUAGAAGUUUUAUUGAGGUGGAUGUCCUUGUACGGCAGAACAUUAGAGCACUAAGUAAAGUAAAAUAUGAGAACACCUGUACAUUUUUGCAUUGGCGUAAGCCAGACAAAGCAUAUUUGGUUUGGAAGUCUUGAGGUCUCCUACAAAAAGCAAUUCUACAUAAGUCUCUAUUGCAUCAGUCCCAGAAUAUGGGGUUCCAGAAAGGAAAAUGGAAAAAUGAAAAUGGUGAAUUAGAAAGGACAUUGUUGAGGACUUUAAUUUCAGUCCAGAGGUAUAUGCUAUGGCAUGUCUUGUAAUACAAAAUCCACCCUAUCUUCAUGGUGACUGCAUUGUGUGCUCUGCCAGUCUGGGGUUCUUUAUUUUCCAAGAAAGUUUAAGAACUGAGUUGUCUUAAGGCGCCACUAGGGUUGCAGGAAAUUUAAUCAUCCUGAUAAUGUGUACGAGUUUGGGAAUGCCAUCAUCAUAACAGCAGCAAUCCUGGUGACCUAGAUGGUCUACAUGUGAAGGAAUGCUCAGAUUAAAAAAAAAAUAUUUGUUUUAAACUUAUUCCAGCGCAGGUAGAGUAUCCUUUCUGCUCCUCUGAUUUGCUUCUUGUGAAGAGAUAAUUAUUGAUGACUUAUGUCCAAUCAGAUGCUUUUCAUAGAGAAGCAUUGGGACACACAAGCUGUUCUUGUCACAGAGAAGUGUUAAAAAAAUAAAAUAAAAACGAAAGCACUUACAUCUUCUUUAACGUACAGUUCAAAGUGAGUGAGGAAGAAAAAAAAACCUGCUGGCUGCCUGCUUGACACUGCUACUCUAAAGGGUAUUUAUGAAACAGAUGGCACUUUUAUAAAAUAAACCUGUAGAGACAUGCAGGAAGAAUUGUCUUCAUAUUUCUUAAAGGGAUACUCUAAACACUAUAACAAAUUCAUGUCAUUGAAUUGCCUGGAAUCCUAUGACGCUGUCUCUCCAUUCAGUGUAAAUCAUUUUUUAACAGUAAAUGAGGGUCCCUGGCUACCUAUAGCCUAGCCCCCACUAGAGGUAUGGCUAGGAAAAAGAUUAGACUCUUUCUUAGCCAUACCAAUUUAUACCAAAUAUGAAGAAAAAAAAUGUGGUGACUAAAAAUUCUAACAUGAAUAUGAAAAACAAAUACAAAAAUAUAAGUCCUGCACUCACUCCCAUCACUCCUGGGCGGCAGCAAUGACCACAGUACACAUCAACCCCAAUAUAUACUAAAAACCAAAGAAGGAAAAAAGUUACCUGCGUUUUUUUCCCUUAAUCCCUAUGUAUAUUUAGACAAAUGGAGGUCAUUUAGUUACUCCAAUGGCCUCAUUGGAGAUAUCUUUGCCAGAAGCUCAAGGAAGCAAUGUGAAGGGUCAGUGUAGGACCCACUUAGGGGGGGUCUGCCUUGACGUUGGCAGGCGGGCAUUCCCUCCAAUGGCCAUUGGAGUAACUAAAUGAAUAUGAAAAAGACAGAGUAGUUCUAUAAAUAAUAAUUACAGGGUGUUUAAUAUGUUAUAAAUAUGUUUAAUAAAUUAUAGCGCUACUCUAUCUUUCUGAUACCAAUUCAUACCACCAGUGGGCAUUUGUUAUAGGCUGAGAGCAAUCAGCUGACAUUAUUCAGCCAAUCACUGCCAUCCAUUUCUGCCUAGUCUUAUUCUUCUUCCUUAGACUAGGAGACAGGCUGUGGGAACACUUGUUUAUCAUUAAGCUAUUCAAAAGUCUUUUAACUCUGAAUGCAGGGUUGGUGCCAGGUGACUCCAGUCACUAUAACCACUUCAGAUAAAGUGGUUACAGUACCUGUAGUGUCCCUUUACCAUGGGGAAGUAAUGCUAAAAACUACUUAUAUCUUCCUUGUUUUAUGCACCGCAAUGAUUUUCUCAUUUAAAGCAAUCUGAUUUAUGUUUGUUUUCUAAAUAUCCUGUACUGCUCCUCGUGGCUAACUUGGAUAUUGGCCAAGAGGACAAAGUAGCUACUUGUUGCAACAUUUUUUUCUAUUGGACUAUCCGUAGAGAAGUCCUCACAAGAUUGGGGAUCCACGCUGCAAAAGCAAAGGCUUUUACCCUUCUCCUACCAGCCGCAUAUUGACUUCUAUGUUGUUUUUCAUCUAAUCAGAUCUAAUACAAACAGAAGUCUCUGUGCGUGAUACUGUUUUUAAUAUGUAGCUCGCGAGAAGGAACGGCGAAAGAUGUGAUUCUCCAGGGUUCCAGUUGUUUUGCUUCCCACUAGUGAAAAUGGGGUCACAUGAGGUGCAAGGCAGAACUGCACCCCGACAAUUUUUAUUGUCAAGAUGUUAAUAUAUGAUUCUAGAUGUGAAUUUUAAUACGUUCUUGUAUAUGUUUUAUUUUCCAAUUUUGUGUUUCGCCAUCCACAGGACUGUCACUUUACUAUACGUGGAGGCCGACUUAAAGAAAAUGGAGAAUAUCAACUUCCUGUUGUUGUUCUAAUGCUGAAUUUUCCUCAGUCAACAAAAGGUUCUCCUACGCUGCUAACUCCAGGCAUGAUGGAAAACCUGUUCCAUGAAAUGGGCCAUGCAAUGCAUUCCAUGCUGGGGCGGACACGCUAUCAGCAUGUCACGGGUAAGGGUUUAUCCUUGUCAUGCUGCUAAGCAAAUAUGAUGGUUUUAUAGGUGUAGUGCUGUCAUUCAUCUUUGUCAGUGUGCAUCAUGGCUGGCUUCCUCCGUCUCACUGGCGUCACAGACAAAUUGAAUUUAUAGUAGAAGUGGAAUGAGAAGAAACAAAACUGUUCUCGGAUUGCUGGUGCUCUGAUUGUGAUCAGAGUCAUUGUAAGGUUUCUGUAACUUUGUGGGGUUUGGAUGUAUGCAAGCUCAGGUGGAAUUUGAAAUCAAAGAACGAAGUACCGUUUAGAGACCCAGUGGUGGUAUAGUGAGAUUUUUUGGGACCAAGUGAGUGCUCCAUGGAUUCUAAAUGUUCAUCAUUAUCCCCCAAGAUUCACUAAUUAAAGUUUUUAUCAUAACAGUCAUGACAAAUUAAAAUGUAGUCAUUAAAUUAAAAGAAAAAAAAAAGUUACCAAGUUCAUAGAAAAAGUGUCACAAUCUAGCAAUCUGUAUGUUUGUUACACAAGAAAAAUUAAUUACAUAUAUAUUGUGAUUUUUCCUACCGAUCUGUACCAAUCUGCAAUGUUUGCUUUUUAACUGGUAUACAUCAUGUCAUAAACAGAUGACAAACACAGGGACACUGUAGACAACUAAAUCAACUUUAUCUUAAUGAAGCAGUUUUGAUGUUUAGAUCCUGCCCCUGCAAUCUCACUGUCCAAUUCUCUGCCAUUUAGAAAUCACGUUUUUGUUUCUUUUUAUGCAACUUUAACCAUACAUCCCCUGACUGUGACUCUCUCAGGUUGUAUGAAAUUUUUUUUUAUUUUUUUCAAUCUGAUGUUAAAUUACUUUAGAAACUUUUAUCUACUGAUCUGUAAUUGAACUUGAAUCAUACACAAGGAGGCUCCUGCAGGCUCUAGAAUGCAAUUAACAGAGCAGGCCUCUACUGUCCAUGUAAGCAACAUCUCCCGGAAAACUUGCUAUUACCAUACAGUGCUGCUAUGUGAUAAACCCAGCAAGUCUGUAAACUGUACGUGAGCACCACUACUGGCCAAGUAAUUUAUUACUUUUUGAGAAGUUAAUCCAAUACAUAAACUUGACAGGUGUACGUUUGUUUAUUGGUUUUGCAUAUGUUUGCUACGUAUUAUCUAUGUUAUGUCAACUCGAGAGUGUCCCUUUAAAUGAAGUUAAAAUAAUAAUCCCCCUGGUUCUUGCAAUCAUCAAAUCUCAGCCUGACAAAAUGUUUUGUGGUUUGCACACAAGAAUGCAGCUUACAAACAUAUCUGAAUAACUUAGAGAAUGUAUCCCUGGAGGUCUGAUCCGAACUAUAAAAAGUGCCAAAAACUUGGUAAACACUACAGAGAACAGUAUGAUCUAAACCAAAUGUGUAUUCACAAAUUGCAUAAUUUAAUCUUGAUUAUUUUUUUUACUUAGAAACUCUUGUAAUCUGUCUGACCCAUAAAGUUGAUCUAGUGAGUAGUAUAAAAUAAAUCCGAAAUACCUUUUUUGUGUAAAUAAUAUUUAUAAAUUCAAUAUUGCAUGUAACAUAUUGUAUUCAUUGUAAUGCAGGUGAAAUAUCAGUUGAUGUUUUGAAUCCUUAUAGAGCUACAGACUGGGAUUUCUCUGGCAUUCCCAACCGAGAGACAUGAGGUUAGGGCUUCCCAACUCCUAUAUUGCACAUUACUGGUGGGAGGAACAUCAGCUAGACCUCCAGAAACCGGCAACAUUUCAUUAUCUGACAAAAGCCUGUGAUUUGUCUUCUUCCAAAUCUGUUAUCUUGUCCUUGAUAUCUAAGUGACCUUUUGGCAGAGGUUUACAGGGACACUAUAGGCACCCAGACCACUUCAGCGCAUUGUCCCUGGAAACUGCAAUAAUUACCUGCUAGUGUUAACUCCGCCUCUAGUGUCUAUUUACUAGAUAGCCACUAGAGGGUCUUCCGGGUUGCUAGGCGACUUUUGGUCGCCUGACGCUAGACAUCCUCAUGCUAUGGAUGCACAAUAGGUCUCCCCCGUCGGCAGGUAGAGGAGAGAAGACGGAGCCAAAGCCAGCGCCCAGGGACCUCGGCACUGCACUAGGUAAGUGUCAGAAGGAGUGUUUAACACCUUCUGCACCACGGGUUGUGGCCAUCAGAUAAAGGGGGCACUAUAGGGAGCUAUUGUGCAAGGAAAGCAACUAUGUUUUCCUGCCACUACAGUUUCCCUCUAAUGCAGACCCCUGUGAUGACUGAAACAUGAAUUUAUGUUUACCAAAAUGUGGUGACAUUCUUUAUUUUGCAGCCUUUAAUGAUCAAUAAUGCCUUAGUAUGUACAGUGGCAUUACAACAUACCACCAGGGACACUUGCUGGUGAGGUGGUCUGGCCGGGAUUCGAUACUGUAUUGUAAGGCAAUGAUGUUAAUACGGCUCUAACAAGCCAAUAUAAAAUACUUGUUUGUAUGCACCAUAAUCGACUUCUCCAAAACAGAGCCCUCUCCACUCACUACCUACCAUCUCUUGUGUUUCCAAUAUCUCACAUUAACAUGGCAAAGCUUCCCACUUUCACCCAAAAAUAUCUGCUUACUGACUACCUCUUUUUUUUCUGAGUUAUUAAUUAUGGUCUCAAUUCAACCGACUGACAGGCUUAUUAACUAAAUUCCAAAAACUACUAAAUUGACCUUUGCCCCAUCCUUGUGUGCAUACUUUUCACCUAUGUCAUAAUGAAACAUGGCAAGGACUGCUAACCCAGAAAUAAGACGGCUACCAUUUUGGAAUUGUUUUGCAGCAAGUUACUGAAGUCUGAGGAAUUCUACACAACCUAUUCUUGAAAGGUGUCAAGGCAUGAUCUAAUCCGUUCCCCACCUCCAACACAUUUUAGGAUAGUGUUCUGUUCUAAAAAGUUGUGCUAAAAUGUGAAAGGGGGGGACAUUCAUCAGACGAAUGUGACUGCUGGUUCCACUUGUAGUGCUUUAAGCUACAUUUUAUAACAGAAAACUUUGAUUAAUAAGAGGGAAAUGUUCCGCUUAGAUGUAAAAGGGGCACUAUAGUCAACCAGCUUAGUGUAUCCGUCCCUUCAGACAUUUUGCAGUAAGCACAGUUUUUUUCAUAGAAAAGGCAGUGUUUACAUUACAGGCUAGGGAUACCUCCACUGGUCACUCCUCAUAUGGCUACAAUGUGCAGCACUGCCAUUUAGUGUCUCCACCCUCUGCAUGGAGACUCUGAACUUUCCUCAUAGAGAUGCAUUGAUUCUAUGAGGAGAUGCUGAAUGGCUUGUGCUGGCUCUGCUUCCACGACAAUCUCUGCCAAUCCAAUGCUUUGCAAUGGGAAUGCAUUGUGAUUCUCACAGAUCACCACUUCUAAAGAUGUCAGCCAAGCACCCGCAGAUCAAGCUUUUACUAUAUUUAGUUUGAUAAUGAGGUUGGGAGGGGGGGGGAGGGGGAGGGCUAGAUGAUUUUUUUAAAAACAAUACUGUCAGGAAUAAAUGUUUGUGUUGCUGACCCUAUAGUGUUCCUUUAAAAUGUUUGAGCAGGGCACGCUUCACCUCUGUCAUAAUUUAUUCUGUCAAUUACUUGCUGUUGUAUAUCCAGGUGGUGGUGUUCAUUGACAAUUAAAUUCCCUCCUUGUAUUUGAAAGCAGAUUGCCACAAAUCUUAUUGUGUACACCAUCUAGACCAGUGAUUACCUACUGAUUAGUUACUUUGUUGCAUUCUGAAGGCUGUAGUUCUAAAACAGUUUCAAAAUCUUUAUUAUAAUCACAAUAUUGUUUUUAAAAAGAGAUAUUAGGGGGGGCGUGGCCUAGCGACGGAUGAGAGAGGUCGCCUGAGCUCGGAGCUCUCCCGCCAGCCAGUGCACACAGCGUGGAAAACAGCGUGUUUUUACCGGCGAAUACGGCACCAGUGACACACAACGUUGCAGAACAACAAUGUCCACAAAAAUCGCCAAGAAAUAUAAGCAAAAAACGCUCCAAAUGCAGACAACAACGAUGUUAAACACUGGAGCUGAAAUCCAAGAUGGCGCCGACAGGCCUGAUUCUCCGGCCUCGUGUGCCGACGCAGGUGAGCUCAUCCUCACUCCAGGCAUUCUGCAAACGCCUGUCACUAACGAAACACUACACAAUAUGCUCCUGGACCUUAAAAACACAUUCAAAUCGGAACUGAAACAGAUUGCCACAGAUAUUAGAUUAGACAUUCAAUCCCUGGGUGACAGAACAUCUCGCCUAGAAGAGAGGGCGGAAGAAAUCACGGAAGCACACAACUCUAUAACAGAAGCACACUCAGCCCUACUCACAAGAUUGCAAUCUUUGGAGGCAAAGGUAGCAGACCACGAAGACCGAGACCGACGCAACAAUAUCAGAAUCCGGGGGAUCCCGGAAUCGGUCGGUCCACAGGGUCUGACCUGCUACGUCCAAGAUAUCCUCAAGGCAUACAUCCCAUCCCUGACAGAAGCUGAACUGCUCCUAGACCGCACACAUCGCCUCCCGAAGCCCAAGCAUCUACCGGCAGCUGUUCCACGAGACGUUAUUACCCGGAUACAUUAUUUCACAACAAAAGACCGAAUAAUGCAGGCCUCCAGAAGCCAAGGUCAGCUCCCGGGAAAAUUCUCACAGGUCAAACUAUUCAUAGACCUAUCCUCCACCACGAUGUUCAAACGGCGCACAUUUGCCCACAUCACAGCAGCACUGAGAGCAGCCGGGAUCCAAUACAAGUGGGGCUUCCCCACCAAAAUCUUGGUCAAGCGCAAUGGAGUGGACAGUCAGAUCUCUGACCCCGAAAUUGGCAAGAGACUCUUGACGGAAUGGAACAUUCCAAUACGGGAUGACCCCUCGCAACAGCCUAGCAGCAGACCUCCAAGACACCUCCAGAAAGAAUGGGAAAUGCAACCACACAACACCAACACGCAGAGGCGCAUCUGAACGGAGCAAAAAGCCAAACAAUCCAAGAACUGCAACACUGAUCCCUAAAAGGACAGGUCGUAUAUUUUCAAUGUGGCCACUUUUAGGUUCCUCUCCCUCUUUUUCUAAGCACAAACCGGACUUACAACUGUUCGCACUGUGCAAAGGCGACAUUACGACUCUCUUUAACUACAAUUGGCAGUAGUAUUGUUCUAUUGCACCCUAGGUAGCUAUACCUACCCCCAGUGUGGCUAAGUCAUCUAAGCCACGAAUGCAACCGUUAUACUUAAUAUCGCACCGAUAUGAUGCGGUGAACGGAAUGUUGUACAUAGUUACUUAUUGUUUUAGUUAUGUUCUUAAUUCUAUAUCCUCUGACAGGCAGAUCCUAAAUACCUUAAACCACGUGCUCCCACUGUCGCACAGCCCUAUCAAGAAAGGCACUUACAAAUCCCUUAUCAGGCGUAAGAGCUAUGCUGAACCCUUGGCGGACCCUAGCGGCCCUCCCUCUGUACCACACUUAGCCCACAAUCCUAUCCAACUCCGAGAUGGUACUUAAAAUCUGCUCCCUGAACGCCAAGGGACUAAACUCCCCGAAUAAACGCCGCUUGGCCCUACGCGAAGCGAAAUCCCUAGGUGCCCAUGUAAUGUUCCUUCAAGAGACACACUUUAAGUGGGGCUCUAGGCCUAAAUUUAACUCCCCGGCAUUCCCCAUUGACUACCACUCCUGCUACUCAACUAAGAAACGAGGAGUAUCCAUCCUAAUAAGUAAAGACGUAACGUUUUCAUUAAUACGAAAAAUUGGGGAUAAAAAAGGGAGGUACCUCAUCUUACAAUGCCAUCUGAAUAACAAUGUAUAUACCCUGAUUAAUGUAUAUGGACCUAAUACUAAUCAAUGUGACUUUGUGGAUGUGUUGUUGGGAUUGCUGUCUACACACGUACUGGGGGAGGUAAUCAUUGGAGGUGACACAAAUUUCCUAUUAGACAGCGACCUAGACUCUUCCAGAGGUCCAAAGCUGACCAACCAAACUCUAAAGCAUAGGUCCAAAUUGACCUCACGCAUAUGCCACAAACUAGCGACAUACAAUCUUGUAGACCCCUGGCGGGUUACACACCCCACAGAAAGGGACUAUACCUAUCACACAGCAGUACAUAACAGCUAUUCUCGAAUAGAUAGAUUUUUACUCCACACCUCCUCCCUCACGAAAGUAGAACACACAGACAUUGGUCUGAUCUCGUGGUCAGACCACGCGCCUAUCACAUUGUCACUUAGAGAACAAUUCCCCAACAAAGGAAGGGGCAGCUGGAAACUCAAUGAGCAACUAUUAACCGAUCCGGAGGUAACCAAACAGAUAGAACAAGAACUGAAACAUUAUUUUCAGGAGAAUAAAUCUCCGGACUCACCCCUAACCCAAAUAUGGCUAGCACACAAAGCCUACAUACGGGGUUGCUUCAUAAAACACGCUAGCUAUGCAAAAAAACAGCGCCUUGAAAAAUACACCUCUAUACUUUCUGAGCUAGCCACAUUAACACACGCUAACAAGCACACACCAACAGCGUCCACACACACUAGGUUACUACUCUUACAAACACAACUAAGAGACAUAGAACUAGCCAAAACCACAUUCCUCACGCGCAGGCUCAAACAUAAGUAUUUCGCUGCCGGCAAUUGUGCAGGAGCAAAAUUAGCAGCACAAUUGAAACAGAGAACAUCAACCUCCAGAAUUGCCUCCCUCAAGGGACCAGGGGGUGCCAAGAUAUUAGACCCACAAGGGAUCGUAGAUGAGUUUGCUCACUAUUAUGAAAAACUAUAUAAUCUAAAGAAUGACCCACAGACGAUAUGCCCCACAAAGUCCGAUAUAGAUGCCUUCCUGUCGGAAGUCAACCUCCCGACCCUAUCGCCAACUGACACAGAUGGUCUGCGCAGCCCUUUCACAACGAAAGAGGUAGCGUUAGUGAUCUCCUCACUCCCACAGCAUAAAUCCCCGGGCCCUGAUGGACUACCCAAUAAAUACUACCGCACAUACACUAGUUCCUUGUCACAGCCCCUCACAGAACUGUUUAACCAUUGCAUGAGAGAGGGCUCCUUACCGGCGGAGAUGCUACUGGCCCAUGUUUCCACUCUACCCAAGCCAGGCAAAUCCACGGACCAGUGUAAGAAUUUCAGGCCCAUUUCGCUGCUAAACAGCGACGCAAAAAUCUAUGCAAAGCUAUUUAGUGACAGAUUAGCUCCACUCAUACAUAAACUAGUACACAAUGACCAAUCAGGGUUCGUGAGAGGCCGGCAGGGCUCUGAUAAUUCCAGGAAGGUACUGAAUAUGGUGGAGGGGAUGGCAAAAGGGAAACUCGGAGGCCUUUUUCUGGCGCUGGACGCCGAAAAGGCCUUUGACAGGCUGAGUUGGCAGUACAUGACGAGAGUACUACAAACAUACAACUUCCCCGAAGAAAUUGUCAAGGGCAUACUGGCGCUCUACGCGCAACCCAGUGCUAGGGUCUCACAUAGUGGGUUCCUCUCUAGAACCUUCCACAUUACAAACGGGACACGGCAAGGAUGCCCGCUAUCUCCCUUGCUCUACAUCCUUUCUUUAGAACCCCUGGCCCAAAAAAUACGAGCACAUAAAGACAUAACCGGCAUCUCCCUGAGGGAAACAGAGUAUUGUUUAGCCCUAUUUGCAGAUGAUAUCUUUGUGGCAUUGUCGAACCCAGAGAGCUCCCUACCCCCAUUGUUAACACUCUUGAAGGAUUGUGGUAAAAUCUCAUAUUACCGCCUGAAUCAAGAAAAAACGCAGGCCCUACCUAUAAAUUUACCAAGGCUACUUGUGGAAACCUUAAAGACCACAUACGAACUCGAUUGGCGGACGUCAUCCCUAACAUAUUUAGGGGUAAAAAUCGCCACCUCCAUUGACAACAUAAUAAAACUUAACUUUAAACCUCUCAUACAAAUAUGCAAAACUGAGAUACUUAAAUGGAAGACUGCGAACCUUUCAUGGCUAGGGCGAGUAAAUGCAUACAAAAUGAUGCUACUGCCGAGACUGCUGUACAAGUUCAGAAUGCUCACUAUAGCUGUCCCGGCAGCAAUACACAGGUCAUUGCAAACGAUCUGCAGCACAUACAUCUGGGGGGGAAAAAGACCUAGGCUGCCUCUACACCUCCUACAAAAAACAGCACACACAGGCGGCAUUGGUUUACCUAACAUAGGCCUCUAUUACAAAGCCUCCCUGCUGGCUACCUGUAUACAACUACAUGCCCCAAGGGGCACGACUCAGUGGGUAGAUAGGGAACACGAUCAGCUUACAUACCCCACACUGCUCAACCACAUAUGGACACCUAAGGCAUUAAGGGGACCCCACACACAACUCUACCCUACCACAGCAGCAACGAUCAAAGUGUGGGAUGAAUUCAUGACAUCCCUAGGUUGGAAGAAGCACUUCCACCCCGAAGCCCCCCUAAAAGCACUUAGCAUAGUGAACCCCACGAUCCCCCUGUCCAGGUGGACACAGCUGGGUAUAUCCCAGAUUCAACAGCUGUGCAAAGGGCAAACCAUAAUGGACUUCCCAGACAUGAAAAGCAGAUGGGGGGUGCCGGAUAGAGACAUCUUUCCGUAUCUGCAGCUAAAACACACUAUUACCUCACAUGUACAAACCUCUCCAUCUACAUUAUCAACACACACGCUAGCUGCGAGACUAAUACCCAGUCGAUGCUGGACAGCCCCGCAGAAACCCAAGACUCUUUCCCUGUGUUAUAGAGCCUGGCUAGAGUUAGCACCCCAUAAGCCAAUAACAUGUAAACUUCACUGGGAGGCAGAGGCAGAAACUGAGCUCACUGAGGAUGACUGGUUACUGGCCUUAAACGGCCUCAAAAAAUGGACCCAAUGCUACUCCCAUAUAGAGGCGCACCGAAAGCUGCUCUAUAGAUGGUAUAUGACCCCCAAUAGGCUGCAUAGGAUAUACCCUGCAGUGCCAGCCGAAUGCUGGAGGUGUAAUACGGAAAUAGGCACGCUACCACACAUCUGGUGGCACUGUAGCGGCAUACAGCCGCUGUGGAGGGAUGUUAAGGAUAUAAUAGACGCCCUGGGAAUUAAAGACUUCCCCCUAAACGUUAAGUCCUGUCUACUUCUACUGUUCCCCCAAGAAACACUCGAGAACCAAAAACAACUGCUUUUACUAAUCUUAAUGGCAGCACGCAACCUGAUAGCGCUCAAUUGGAAAAAACACAGUUGCCCAUCCACACAACAACUGAAAGACAAAAUACAACAGUUUUACAUAUAUGAGAAAAUGUCCACAGGCACCACUACAGCCACCGUAAAAUUUAGAGAAACAUGGGAGAGCUGGGAGACAUGGUACGAAAAAGGGAAUUGUCUGAGAUAAGCAAAACAGCAUAGAAGAGGGGAGUACUAUUCAACCAGGCUAGAACCAAGUGCGGAGUAGCAUACCACUUCCGUGUGGAAAGAAGUAAAAAGAAAUGUCAACUACGUUAUUUAUUGAUCUUACCUGCACACCUGUCUUGUGUAUUCCGUUGUUAUGUUCGACAAAAUAUCCAUCCCCGGCUGUUCCAGGGGGUGCUAUAGGAAUUCACUGUACCACAGAAUGUAUGUUUUAUGAGCUGUGACUAUGUACUGAAUUCAUAAUUGUGAAAAAUUCAAUAAAAUACAAUUGAGAAAAAAAAAAAGAGAUAUUAGGCUACCAACAGAUGAUAAGGCUAACAUCUCGAACUGCUAAACGCAAUUCACACCAUCACGGUUUCCUCAACAAUAUUCUGAUAGAUUUAUUUGGACAUUGUAUCAAGAAUCUUAUGUAAUGUAAACAGCAUCCAGAACAGGAGCUUUUAUUUUGUCUUACAAGCACUACCCCUUACAGACUGAAUGUAAGGAAAAAUGUGCCCGGAAGGUACACACAUGGCAUUGUAUAAAAUGAUUCUGUUAUGAAUUGGUUCUAGCUGAAAAAUCUUCUACCUACUUUGAGUUAAUCUCCCCUCUUUCUAGGUACCCGAUGUGCUACGGAUUUUGCUGAAGUUCCAUCUAUCCUUAUGGAAUACUUUGCAAGUGACUACCGAGUAGUAAACCAAUUUGCACGGCAUUACCAGACUGGACAGGUGAGCGCAGACAGCUGAGUCUACAUUCUAGCUCUUUGUGCUUUUUUUUACAUCUAGGAUUUUUGAGAUUUGCAGAAUAAAAGGAAAGAGAUGGUUUUUUUUCUAUAAAGUGCAUCACCAACAAAAACAGCCAUAGUGAAAAUAAGAGAAAAUGUUAUUUAUAAUGGAGUACUGUUCAAGGUUCGAAAAGCGUUUUGUUUUGUGAUUUGUCCUAAUAUUACUCUUAUUUAUUUUGUUGGUGAUGCAUUUUAUGGAAAUGUUUAAUCAUACAUUAAGAUUCAAUGUUUUCCUUUAUCUGCUGCUUGCAGUUAAAGGGAUACUAUAGCCACCUUAAAAACUUUUAAAGUAAGUUAACAUCUGAUUGAAUAUUAAACCAAUUUUAUGUCAUUCACAACCAGGGGAGGUGCGACUAGGACUGUAUAAACAGAAACAAAAGUGGUUUAUAUCACGACUUCAGAGUCGUGAUAUAAACUGUUUCAUUAAGUUAAAGUUGUUUUGGUGACUAUAGUGUUUCUUUAAGUAGACUGUAUUGUAAUCCCUGUUAUAUCUGUAGAUGUGCAUAGCUUUUAUAGUAGUGGCUCUAGUGCAAAGUUAAAAAUAAGAGGGGAUGGGGGACAUCCGUGUCUUAUUUCCCUUGGUAGUAGUGAAGGCGUCUGAUUUAAAAUAAAUUGAAAAAAAUAAUAAUUCUUAGUAAGGUGUACAUGCUGAAUUGAGAUGUAUAUAAUGUGGAGAUGGUAGCUUUAAAUUUUGAGUGUAAGUCAAAUUUAAGUAGUGUGGCCAACGUUACAGUUCAGUCAGUCUAAUGCCUUUUAGUUAUCCAACACUGGUUGAAGAAGAGCGGUAUUAUGGGAGUUGCCCAUGUCUGCUAGAUUUCUAAAAUGUUGGAUAUUGUUUGAGGCCCGUCUGUAAAGUAUGAAUCCUGAUUGUAUCCAUAGCAAGUAUGGUAGUCUUUACUGCCAGCACAUAAUAUCAGAAUGUCAAAUAUUCACUGGCAAACUAGAGAAGUACUUGCUGGGGGAAUAUUUGUGGCUGAGAUCAGGAAAGUCUCCUGUAAGAGACUUCUCCUGAUCUCUGUUGUCCUUCAAACCUGACUUGAUGCUUAAAGGUGGGAAGGGGCCAAAGGUUUUAAGAGCAAUAAAUAUAAAAAACAGAGAUGAAAUUUAAUGCAUUAAGUUGUGUGCCAUGACAGGUACAAUUUAGUAUACUGCGAUAAUCUUCAAUCAUUAGGUUUAUUUUAUAGACUGCCAAAGGUGCCCCAACAUACUACUCCAUUCAGGCAAGGUAUCAGAACUUAAAGUUUCUGUUACAAAACUAAAUAUUUUUUUUUUUUUUAUUACUAUUAUUAAAGUAGAGCAGUCAUCAGGUAUUGUGCAUGUGCUAUCAUUAAAUCAUUUUAAAAACUGCAUGUUUUAUAUUCAUUAUUAUUUCAAACCAUUCCUAGCUAACCAUUUCUUUGCCUUGGGCAUGUUAGGCACAUAACAUUACCAGGGAGUUUGCAGAAUAACUUCCUCUUUCCUGCACAGUAGAAAGUGGUGUGGCACCCUGCAAGUCAGUUUCUGAUUGGGUGCUGACCGAUUGUUUUCGGCAGCCCUGUAUUUAAUAGGUCACUGUUUUAGUGUUUUAAAAUUGACAUGCCAUUCGAAGAUGGCCACCUGCACAGGAAACACUGUUUGAUCUUCAUGUGAUUAUCACAGAACAAAUCCUGCUUUAUCUUGGCUAGCUGAUGUGAAUGCCAAUUUUUAUUUUAUUUAUUGAGCCAUUAAAAUGUCAAAAUAUAUUUAUCCAGCACAUGUGAAACUGCAUUAGUAAUUUUGCUAUCUUUCUGCCUUUAUAACAUACAAAAUAAAAACCAUUUAACCAGAAAGUAUGCAUUUAUCCAAGGUAAUUUGCAUACUGUUUUUAUUUUAAUUUUUUUUUUUUUAUAUCAGAAGCCAUACACAACUUUUUGGUUUUCUGAGGAUUUCUGCAUUUAUCAAGUUUUCACUUUGCAAAAUGUAUUGUAAAAAAAAUAAAAAAAACAUUUUAGACUUUUAUGUUUUCUUGUAAAAGGCCAUCUUCUAACAAAUGUUUUGUAUAAAAUAGUCUAGUUUUAGUAAUCAAAGUGUUACAAAACAUGGCUUGACACGCGUCUGCCAAAAGCAACAUGGUUCACAGAUAAAAACAAAGAUGUUUUGAAAGCUUGACCAACACGAGCACAAUAGGCAACUGUACUUCCAGAUCCUUCCUAGAAUUUGCAUCUGAUGUCAUGCCCAGACUGGGAAAUGGAUGAUUAGAUGAGUUAAAUUUAAUUAAAUUAUUUCUCUGUCUAUGGGCUGGUACAAAAGAGAACACUCAUAACAGAAAUGCAAACCGAUCCUAAAUUUUAUCUUUGCACACAUAAAACUUGAUUAAAAACAAGCAGUUUGGAAAUGGAUUUGCUUGCGCUUUGUUCACUAUAGGUACUAUUUAUAUUCUUUAGAACAUCAGAAUUCCAUGAACAAAGGCAUCGUACAUGGUCAUACCAAAUAUCAAAGCCAGUAGUGUACCCGCAUCUGUGGAGACAAUCAAUUUUCCUUUACCUAAUAUUAAAGCACUUUUAUUAUCUGUUUCGAGCAUGGCAGUGGAUAGAGUUAGUCUCUUUGAAUUCACUUCCUGUCGAUGGUGUAGCCUUGCCAAGUAUUACAGAGAGAAGCUUUGAUCCUGUCCCUUUGUGCAAGACAAUCUAAUAAUGGGCUUCUGAUUGAAUAAAAGUGUUUGCUUUAUCAUAACUCGAUAGAAAGGAACUGUUCAGUCUUUUAUCAGAGGACCUCUGUCUACGAAUGCCAGACUGCCCUUCUCUUUGAAGAUUUCUUUAACAGACCCUGUUUUAUCUGUAUCUGGGCAUAGAAAAUGCCUCUCUAAAUGACCAGUCACUCUGGAUUUGAUCAGAGUCUAAAAUAGAGCCCUGACAGACCCGAGGACUGGCAUUACAGCGAUUCGUGUAGUAAUGUAUGAUAAGCAAUACAGGUUCUUCACCACCAGCAGUCUGGGUUUUUGGUUCCAGAGAGAGAGUCCAGGUUUUUAUUAAACUGCUCAACAGAAAACUGCCGGAUGGCACCCAAAGAUCUUGCACUGUAACCACUACAAUAAGAUGUGGUUGUGAAACUUAGACCGUCCCUUUUAACUAUUUUUCAUUCUGCCAUAUUUUAUACAUUUUAUAUUGUCACAAAUUAAUAUUGGUCAGUAUUUGACAGGUACACUUUAGUGACUUUCGAAUACUUAUACAUACUGCCAGUUGAAAUCCUUGUUUAGUGAACACUCAGACAUAUCGCCCUUCUUUCACCCUCCCAAAUGGUCACAGUGGACCCAGUCGGUAUUGGUUUUACUGGGGUCUGAUAUUCUUUGUAGAACAAUUGUGCAUUUUAUGGAGAGAUUUUAACUUUCCUUUUCUGCUUUCCCUUUCAUCAUUUAGACUUUGUCAAAACCUAUGGUUUCCCGACUAUGUGAAUCUAAAAAGGUUGCAGCAGCAUCAGACAUGCAGCUUCAGGUGAGUGUCUCUUAAUGUCUACUCAACGCUGUAACACCUCUAUAAUGAUCCAAAUUAUAAAUGCCUAAUUGGAAGCACUCGUAGUUUUAUUACAUUACCAUAGUCUGGUCUCUUGGGAAAUACACCAAUAUCUUGUAUUGCUCAACGCUCUCUUUUGACCAUGCGAUUACAUUACAAGGUAUGGAAUGGAUGCCACCAAUCCAUGUCACCUUUCCGACUCUUCACACCACCAUUGGGCAUGCUCACAUAAGCAUUGUGGUUUGUGCAUGUUUAAUAUGCAGCUGGGCUGUAAAAAAACUCCUGCAUUGCUUCUAUUGUUUAGGCUUGGAUAAGGAGGUAAUAUGUAAAUUUAUCUAUUGCUUACACAGUCACCAAGCCAGUGUAGAGAUAGGAGAUAGGUUCACAUAUGUAACUACAGAAUGUGUGCUCUAUGAUUUACUGUAUCUUUCUGUUCUUUUUUUUAUUUUUUUAUAUGUGCCUUUUUACUUGGUGUUUAAUAAGCUCCCAUGUGUGAUGUACAAGACAUGUGCCUUACAACAUUUUAUUAACUAGCACAACUGUUUUGUUUUCCCAAGAGAUAUGAACGGCAAGAGCACCUCUCGCCAUUCUGUUAGGGCAGUUGUCUGGUUAAGGAAUGUAAGAGGGCAUAGUGCAACUGACGAGAUUGGAGACAUUGGGCUGGUUUAAUGUUCUUAUUACGUGGUUCUGUGCUUUGAGGUUUUUUUGUUUGAAAAGACAAUUUUUAUAAAAAAAAAAAAUUUCCCCUGGUAGAGUAAUAUUUUAUGCUCUACAGGUACAUUUGGUAGCCUAACUUUUUGUCUUUUUUUUUAUUUUUUUUUAAGGUUUUUUACUCCAUUUUGGAUCAGAUCUACCACGGAAAACAUCCACUCAAAGGUUCAACAACAGAUAUUUUAAAGGAAACCCAGGAAGAGUUUUAUGGGUUACCAUAUGUACCGCAAACCGUAAGUAUAGCUUUGUGUAUCAUUUUAAGGGUUUAGAUAAUAUUGAGUUAUAAUAUACACACAUGAUAGUGCUACUUGAUAUAGAAGCUAAAUCCAUUGGUUAAAAUAAUUUACAAACUGUGGUAGCAAAAUAGAUUACAGUAAAUGGGUCAGUUGUUGCUUUGUAUACCUACCCUGCCGCAUUUCAUACGGAUAUAAGUGCCUUUAGGUGGUGAUGUAGUAGGUUAAAUUACUGAAAUACUUUUGCACAGGUUCUGUAGAUAUACUGAUUAUCGAGAAUUUUUAUCAUUAUUUGGAAAUCCCAAUUUUAUGUCAAAUUAUUUCAUGUUUGAAGUUUUCUUAAAUUUAGGAAUUCCAGGCGUCACACUUUAUUCAGCAAUUCCAGAUGUAUCACACUUUUCUGUUUGUUGAAUAAAUCCCAUAGCUGUUUGUUUCUAUUUAUUUGUCCUCCUUUGUUACGGUGAGCAGGGUCUGUCCUGACUUACUGUUUAUCACUUGGAGUAAUUUGCUCAGAACCAAAAGUACCUCCGAAAAAAAAAAAAAAGAUUCGGAAAAAUAGUAUAUAUAAUGCAUUGAAAAGUUGAUGUUGAUCUCAUCUCAAUUUCUCUUUGUUAUCGGCCCCCCAUGUGAUGCUCAGGAGAUUUAUACAGACAGAAUAUGUCUGCCACAUUUCCUGAGAAUGUUCAGUCACAUUGCCAUGAAUGCUCAAACUUUGGUGGGUGCUACAGAUGGUUGUCAUCUAUAAUACUCAUCUUGUAUAAAUGAGUUAAUCUAGGUGUUGCAUGUUAUCCACAUUACUAUGUGGAUGAACCUUACUGUUUGUGUUACAUUACUUUGUGCCUAAAGGGACACUAUAGGGUUAGAAAUACAAACGUAUUCCUGACCCUAUUGUGUUAAAAACACUAUUUAGGUGGCCAGCCCCUCUUAAAUAGGGUUAAAUCAUACCUUUAUUACAGCGCGGGUCCCUUGAUGCUGACUCCACCACCUAUCCCCUUCCUUGGCUCAGAUUAUCAGAAUUGACUGUCUCAGCCAAUCCAAUGCAUUACUAUGUGUAAGCAUUGGAUUGGCUGAGAUUGUUAAUUCUGAUUAUCUCAGUCAAGGAGGCAGGGUAGGGGCCUGAGCUAAACGCUGUGAUGAUCAAUUGGCAUCUCCUCAUAGUGAUGCACUGAAUCAAUGCAUCUUUAUGAGGAAUGUUCAUAAUGUCUGGGAGACCCCAGACAUUAAGCUGUAGUUGUUCUGGUGACUAAAGUGUCUCUUUAAUAGAACACUCCAAGCACUAGAUGCAGCAGUACAGCUCACUGUAGUGGUUAUGGUGCCAGGAGUGCCCUUCUAAGUAGUCAAACCAUAUGACUUCUUACCGGGCCACUACUAGCACUUGAUAGCCAGAAGCUGCUAAGCAUUAGCUUGUUGGCUGAGAGUGAUCAUUGUUAAGGGAACACUAUAUUGUUACAAACCUAAACUUCAGUGAAGCCUAUUUAAAUUGUUUAUCCCCUGUGAUUCCAGUGCUUCUCUAUGGAAGCUGUGAUUUUUUUGUGCCCUAGCAUUAAUCAAUCAGGAAGAGCACCCUUCCAUGUUGUCAAAUAGCUGGGGAGAGUGCUCCAUAGCUGGUUAAAGAGGCACUCCACUGCCCACAGGCAAAAAAACAAUAAUCACAGCUUAGUAGAUAUACCCCAAUGAAUACAUGCGUUAAAAGAGCUUGCAAAGGCUGCAGAUCUUAUGAACUGCAGCCUUAGCAAGCCCUCCCUUUUUCCUCAUUGAGAACCCUCGGAUUUGGUGCAUACUCAUGCGCAACCACAUGUCUAGUCUGAAGUCUGCAGCCUGUCUGAAGCCCGUGAGGGGGAGGCAGGCACGCUCAAAUAGAGGUAUUCCUGCCACUUCUGUUAGCUCAGGAGCGCUAACGAAAGGAGGCAGCAAACCUCCCUGGGUGUUUGAUUGACAGCCAGGGGGGUGUUCCCUAGCAAAUUUAUAAAAGUGCAGAUUUCUCAUAGAAAUCAGCACUUUUAUAAACUGGGGUUAACCAUGUUACUUUUACCCAUAAAGCACUUCAGCAAGCUGUAUAUUGUAACUAUAGAAAGCUCCAGAGUUAUCCUUAUCCUUAUUAUAGCUAUGCUCGUUCUGUUCUUUGUGGAUAAUAAAUUCUAAGCAAAGAAAUUUAAGUUUGUAUUUUAAGAUUUUGUUGUUCCGUUAAUGAAGCUAAAAGGCAAAAAUAACUGAAUGGUGUUAUUUUUAACCUUUUCUUUAUUUUAAUCUAUUUAAUGAUGUAUAGUUUAUUAGGUUCAUGGAACCCUACAUGCCUUACUUAUGUAAAUCAUGCUUUCUUCACUUCUGCUGCUGUAUUUUCAUAGGCGAGUAUCAGCAAAAAGCAUUCAGGAGCCUCUGGUUGUGAUCUACAGGAGUCUCCUCUUAAAGGGAUUCUGUAGUGUUAGGAAUAAAAAUCUGCCUGGUGGUAUCCAGUAGAGGCUGUCUUAGUGCUGCAAUAUAAACAUUGCUGAUUCUCAAAAAGGACUAAGGGGGACAGGAACACUGCACCCAUACCACUUCAAUGAGCUGAAGUGGUCCUGGUGCCUAUAUGCUCCCUUUAAACUCUGAGCUAGAGGGGAAGGUGCAAACUUUGUAGUUAUAAGUAACAAUAUGGAAGUAGAUUGCGGCGGGGGCCUCCUUUUGUCAUAACUUGUGCUCUAGCCAUUAGUAGUUACAAUGCUUUGACUGCCCCUUCACUAGCCUAUAUUGAACGUACCAUGUAUAAAGCACAUAUUGCAAUAACAUAUGGCUCGUGUCUAAAAUGACGUAAGUGGUUAAUUGGCUGCUAAAUUCCUAUUCUCUUCCCCCAAACUAAAUACAUUCUAAAUAUUUACAUUACCUGCCAUGCUAAAUAUAUUGAUGACAUUAUAAAGAAAACAUUGACAUGUUGUGAAUUGAACCUUUAAUCUUUUGUUUUACACUCUUAACAAAAUGUAAAUUGUCUCUUAGCUGGUUUAUUUUACUGUCUCAAACAAACUCAUUUUUAGUCUGAGCCCUCUGAACCACUUAUUUGAUUUAUAGAUUCUCAGAUUACUGUGUUGGAAUUCAUUCAUUUUUUUUUUUACAUUUUUUUUUAAUGUCUGCUAAACAUUUGAAGCCAUCAAAAUCCUAGCCUCUGCAAUAUAGAAUCUAGUAAAGCAGGAUAUUUCUCAUAUUUUCACAGUUCUAAAAAAAACAAAAAAACUUGCUAAAUAAACAUAAUUAAAAGCUAUUCUUUAAUCAGCCAUGUAGGCCUCAUUGUAUGUUUUUUUUACCACCAUGCUACUCCCAUACAUCACGUGCACAGCUUUUCAUGCAUCUUCUAUACUGCGUCAUGCAUACAUCACCAAUCAAUCACAAUAAUUUAUAAAUUGGCUUAACCAGGCUAUGGGGUGCCACCAUUACCUGUUUUUUGGGGCAGGGCCAGUUCCCUUUUAUUAAGAUUAGUAUUAUUAUUAUUAUUGGUAUUUAUAUAGCGCCAACUAAUUCCGCAGCGCUUUUUUCAAUGCAAGAUGUAUCUGCUCUCCUCAUUCACCCAUCGCUAGGUCUUUUUGGUAUAUUUUGGGGUUCCCAAAAUGUAACCCACAAACGGUUUACAACCAACAAGGCUUUUUAUAUUUACCUCUGCACCAUUUGAAAAACAUUAUGAUUGUAAUAUUUUACUUCAGUUAUUUCAAUAGUGUAAUAUAGCCUUCCUCCCUUAUCAUUCUGGACAGCACUGCCUGUUUUAAGUAGCCUAUUAUGCACUUUACAGCACUGCGGAAUAUGGUGGCCCUUUUUAAAUAAUACCAGUAGUUCACUCUUAUUUUGAAAAUUAUUUUUUCAGUUUUCUUUCCGUCCAUGGCAAAAUGCUGGAUUUAUUUACACUACAAGGCUUACAAACUCAGCAAAAUUGCCUUUUUAUUUACAAAAAAUUAAUUUAACAAUAUAUUGUCUAAUGUAACUUACUUUUCCAGUUGUUCAAGUGUAGCAGUUACAGAAAAUAGUUUAAUAAACAGAUUUAAAAAAAAGCAUCCACAUAUGAGUUGUUUAGGCAAUGGAGUACUGAGUGGAAUAUGGAAGUGGACCUCUCGCUUAAGAGAACAGUUACUAUUUUAAUAUUUAGAUAUGAUUUUAAACUUACUUUACCACUGCCUCCUGAAAAAUCAGUUUACCAGUCAUUUGAUUCUAAUUGCAUCUCAUAUGCUUCCUGAACUAAACCAUGAAAUGAGUCCUUAUUGAAGUGAAUGCUAAUUUAGGGCAAAAAUAGUCCAAAAUGUAUGGAUGACAACUUGACAAUCUGAGGUAUAUUUUGUGUUGGUGAAAUUGCCAGCAAAUGUAAUGCUUCUUCAGAAACGUUUAACCUGGCAAUUGCCUCGUCAACCUUCAGGAUAUUUUCUGGAAAUGGACAAAGAGGCUGCCGAAGCUCUGACAGGUGCCAGAGGAACCCUGUUAAAGCAUCUGCGAAAACUAUGGAAAGCAGAAAUUCAUUUUGGAGGGUUAUUCACUAAAGUUUUUUUUAAACUCUGUUCAUUAAAGAGUCCUGUUUGUUCUGUUUCUUCAAAUAGAGAAUUGCUAUGUAUGCUUUCCCCCGAACAUCAACUAGUAAUCUCUUUCAAAUGAGUAGUACAUCUGAACAUACUAUAGUGGAUGUUAGUCUUUAUUGUGCUACGCAUGCACAGUCACUGUAAAAAGGGAAACUCUGAGCCCUUGCAGUACUUCUCAGAUUCCAAAGAUUCAAGGAACACCAUAACUUUAUGAAUACACAGUUUACAUUGAGCCAGAGCAUAACUGUAGGGAGCAUUCAGCAGCUCCAUGCAGAGCGUGGAUCCUGCAAUGAUUGCAAGACCUCGUCCAGGAAGUCCCACUUGGGGCUGUCCGAGUGACAGCCGCUAGAGGUGGCCUUAGGGAGCAGUUGCCUUUUCUCAGCGGAGACAGAAAAUUUGCCCCAGGACCAGUACAUUGAGCUAUAGUGGUUCUGGUAACUAUAGGGCCCUAUUAAAUGUCACUGUGACAGGCCAGUGUUAUGUUUGCGACCUGUCCUACAAAUCAAAUAUUUGUACUUUUAUUAAGUAUAUUCUAUUAUCAGUGUGAGUUACUAGUAGUAAUAGCAGCUAGUAAGAAGCCCCUUUCUAUUUACACAUUGUAUUAAAUGCAGAAAAGAAACUAAUAAAUGCUAAUGAGGCUUGUGUGCAUAAAGGUUUAAUCUUAGGCUCUUGCUUAUAAAAACAGCCUCUGGCCAUAGCAUGGAAAUAACUGUUAUUUCGAUCCAAAAGUGCUUUACUUUUAGUGUUUUUGAGCUGAGAGUGUCAGUUUUAUCAGGGUGAUGACAGCCCGGAUUAUGUUGCCAAGUGUGGAAUGUAUUGUACUUGUUACCUUUUCUAAACGUAUAUAUAGCAAAGUUUACAACAUAGUGUUUUCAUAUGAUUUUCUUCUCCUUCAAUCUUCUGCCUUGUUCCCAUAGUAAGGGUUAAAGGGCAUCUGUCAUGAAAUAAUGAAUGCAGGUAACCCAUCAUAGAGAACAAAAUACCAUUUUAUAUAUGCAGUACUAGGAAAUCUGCAUUAUUACAUACAUUUUAUUACAUUUAUUUUUAAAAGCAUAUAUAUCCACAUCAUAUGGGAUAGCUAUGUAAUUGCUAUUAAUUUAAAGUUCUACACAAUUUAUAACUUAACUGUAUAUCUGCUUUAAAAUAUAUUGUGACUUUGAUGGGCUAUUAUCCACUACAAACAAACUGAACCUCAGCUGCGCUAUGGGAGACGAACCUACAGUAAACGCAACUUACAUCGCACUAGAAUUAGUUUAACCCCUUAAGGACACAUGAUGGAAAUAUUCGUAUUGUUAACAAUAACCCACUUCCACACCUCAGGCGGCAGUCUGUAAAUUUCUUCCAUGAUGUCACAGAAAGGUGUUAAAUGGAAUUUCUUGUGACAAGUUAAUCAGACCAGGAUUGAUAGUAUGUUGAGAGAAAGGAGCCAUUUUUAAUAGUUACAGGAGUGAUCAGUCAUGCUUCUUGGUUAUAUUUUAGCUACUUAAUACCAAAGACAGACAGCAACUUAAAAUGCAGAUCACCUGUUACCAUACCCUAUAGCCCACCCGGAGAGCUCGGUUAUAGAGGAGAGCUCAGCUGAAGCAUACAGCAUUGCAAAUGAAGCAAAAAUGGGGGAAAAAACAUGUAACUCCCAUAGAUCCACAUGUGAUACUUAUUUUGUAAUAUUUCUUUAAUUGGAACUCAACUGCAGAAUUUUCUGAUUGUAGGAACAAUAAGUUUCACCUCCUUUUAUAUUGAAGUGAAACAAUGGUGACUGUAUCUUUAAAUACACAUGCAGGGAAAAAUGCAAUGCUAAUUCCAAUUUGAUUAAGAUGGAAUGAGAAAUUUAUUAAUGAAGCUGGACAGGCUUGCAGUUUGAAUAAAUUGACAUUUGCAGGAAGAAUUAGCCUUAGUAUCAAUCCUUAUUAACAAGAGAGAGUUUGGUGAAAUUUAAAUAGUGUAUAAAUUAAUAUGAAUUGGUUUCUUUGGCAAAAGAUAUACUUAACUUAGAGGCAGUUUCUGGCACUGGAAGGGUUAAUUCACCCAAUGGAGGAGAAAUUACGAGUCUCUAUUAACAAGCUGAAAAUUAGGAGUGGAGAGUGAGGAAGUCCGUUUUUACAAGCCGAGGUCUGGGAGAGGAGAAGGUAGAAUUCCGUUUUACAAACCGAGGUCGAGAAGUGGAGAAGGUGGAAAUCCGUUUACAAGCCGAGGUCGGGAGAGGAGACGGUAGAAAUCCGUUUACAAGCCGAGGUCGAGAAGUGGAGAAGGUAGAAAUCCGUUUACAAGCCGAGGUCGGGAAUUGGAGCCGGUAGCAUCAAGUAGAGCAGCUGAUCUCAAUGCAGCACCUGAGUGAAUAAUCCAGCCCUUUGAAUCUGGCGCGGUCUUCCUAAGUAUCGUGGAAGGACCGCGUCAGAAAAAAGGGGCGGGGCUAAGCACCGUGAACCCGGAAGUGGGUCCCGGCGGCAGCAUGAAUGCUAGAGUAUACCUGACACCACAUAACAAACAGGCAGUCAGUGGGUACCAAAAAAUGGAAAAAGAAGAACACUACUGACAUCUGAGGGAUAAGGGGCAGUCUUAUUAUAAUUGCAGCAAUUAUUGCAAAGGCUUUUGCUAUUUUAUUAUUUGUAAAAUGCAACAAAUCCUGCAUUUCUGUACAAUUGGUGAACUUGGUGAACAGAUGAACAAUUGGUGAACAGAUAAGUAUUUGUAACCGGAUAAGCAGAUGAGUUGGACAAGGCGGUUGAGGACCCUUCUCAAAUGAGCUGUUGUUUUAUGACAUGAUAAUGGACAAUCAAUAUGAACUCCGGUAUUUGAUAUGUCAAAGAUUCAAACUGUUACUGCUUCUUAAACAAAAUACAAAUUGUUGUGUUUUUAUUUGCUGUGUGUCCUAUUUAUGGUUAAUUGAGGUUAAGAAUGCCUGAUUUUCUUUGAGGUUUUAUCUUUAAGCUUUAAGAGGUUUUUCUUGAUGUUGGUAGGUGUGCUUACACUUUAAACCUCUAUUUUAGUGGGCAGAUUUAUUUAUUUUUUGAAAAAUCUGUGAUAGGAAAGAUAGCUCCAGCAGUAUGACGGUAUACACCCUACAGUGCAUACUUGAAAACAAGGCUGCAUUAAAAAAAUUAUUUAACUCCCAAUUGGCAGAGAAUUGAGCAUUGGGACUAUAGGGGCAUAAUAACACUGCUUCAUUAAGCUAAAAAUUUAAUCGUGACUACAGUGUCCCUUUUAAAGGCUGAAUUUGAUUGACUUCAGCUUUAUUUCUAAACUAUAUUAUGCAACGUGUAAAACAGCAAGGUAAUGUGGACAGAAUCUUGGAUGUAGGAGUCAUUAAACAAACAUGUCAAAGUGGUAUAAGCACAUUCUCCUUUUAUCCAUUCACAUUGUAUAUUUAAUUUUACUGAUAUUUUCAUUUUUGUUUGAACUGCAUAACCUUUUAAUAAGUCUUACGUUCUUGGUGGUUGUUAAAUAGCCCGGGAUAUGACGUGAAUGCCACUGAUUUAAGGAACAGAUGUAAAGCAGACAUUUCUUGAUAAUGUCAUCCAGUUAAAUAGAGGAGUCAUCUAAAAGCAAAAUCUAUAGCAAACAUAUGUCAAUAACCUGCUUUAAAAAUAAAAAUCUAUGUGUGCAAAACACCGAACAUCAUCUGAGCACAAAGGGAUCCUCUAGUGAUACCUUUCCAAGUUGAUUCUCCUUCGUCUGAAUUUAUUUGUCCUGCCUUAUUAGGUUGCACAGUAUGGCAGCCACUUCACAUUCAAAAUAUUUAUACAUAUUCCACUUAAACUGGUAAGCAGAAAGAAAGAAUUGGUAGUAAAUGUGGGAUGCAUAGUUUGCAUGUGGAGUAUUCGUUAUUAUAUGGUGGUUGUGAAGGAAUAGCCCCAUCACUUGUUUCGGCUGAUUUAGUGGAUUUAUAUUUGUUUUAUUUGGUUUGUUUCCACUUGGUUCGGUUCCCGAACAAGGACCACCCCAGAACCUCAUUAGAACUUGGAACAUUAAGUAUCCUGUACGAAAACCGCAAAGGUAACAAUUAAUAGAAUGCUCCACUGGGUGGCUGCUGUUUCGUGAAACCAAACGCACGUGGUCGAGGCAAUGAAUGUCGGCCAUCUUGAGUUUGGCGCAUGGAUGACGGACUAUUUUGGGCUUCGCAAUGGCAAUUAAAAACCACUGAACCGGUCUGAGGGAUUUUUAGAUAUGCUGAUUACUCAUAUCAGGGUUAUUUGGGGUGUUCCAAAAUUGUUGUACUUUUCUGUACCUGGAGAUAAUUGAGUUUGUACAGUUCCUGACUCUAUUAUCUCUCAGGCACAGGGAAGGCGUUUACUGACUGUAUAAAUUUGAUUACUGUGCUCUCAUUAAACAGUUCUACUCCCAGCAUUAAGCAUUGGCUCAUGUGUGGGGGGAUAUGCAAUACUGGCGAUAUUUCACUCAGGAUUAUUGGUGCUGCUUCCUUUAUUUGAGGAAAAGGGAAUCCGUGGCGGAGAUACUUUGGCAGUCCGCCACAGUGAUUAUAUAGUAUGUCCUAUUCUGUAUAAAAUACAUAGGUGUAAAAGUGCAAUAUAAACAAAAAUGGACAAAUGUGCACAGGACUAUCUUUUUCAGCAGCAUAAUGUUACACUGGGGAAAGGAGAUUCCCAAAAUUCCAGCAGAAUGGCAAAAAUAAGUUUGUGUCUGCCCCCACACAAUUGCAGGCACUAGAUUAGGGGUAAAAAAAAACAAUAAAAUAACCCAUAUAACAAUCACCUUCAACUCACUAUUUCGACUUCGCUAUGUUCAUUCUCACAACAAAAAUGUGCCAGUUUAUCAAAUAGCUUGUUCUUGCUAUAGUGCUAUUCAAACACGGUAGUAAUCAUGGCACAGCACCACAGAAUGGUGUAAAUGUUUAUACCAUGUCACUACUUUAAUUUUAUGUUCAAACUCUGAAUGCCAAUGCGGUCAGGACACUGCACGCAAGUUCGAUCUCAAACAGAUAGUAAUCGUUUAGACAUGUCUGCCUGGCUUAUUAGGCUUUCUAAAACAAAAUGUGCAAAAUUUUCCAUGCCACUGUAUAACCUAUUUAUGUUUAAAUAUGUAGGUGCGCUGUUGUGGCAUACGAAUGUGCUUUGUACUCACCUGCACAACAAAAAUAAAGAAUUAAAAAAAAAAAAAGUGUGUUUUACAAAAGUGCUUUAGUGAAAAUAUAAAAACAGCAGCUCUAUACACCUGUGUGGAAUACGCUCUUUUCCACAAUCUUCUAUAAACACAAGGUAUUAAAACCUACACCAUGAGUGGAGCGUUGGGAUAAUUGUAUAAGGGGUAGCUUACCCCACGUUAUCUUGAUGAAACCAUAAACAUAAGGUACAUAAAAGAGAAAAAAAAGUACAAUAUAGUUCAGAUGGUUAUGAAAUUUGAAUAAACUUUAAUCAUUGGAACACUCACAUUUAAAAUAGCCUAAAAAUAUUGGCUCCGUAAACUGGCAGCUUCAAACCACUCCACUUAAUAUUCGCUCUGAGAAAGAUAAAAGGGAGAGAGGCAUCCAAUGUGUAGUAUAUCAAUUAAAAACACCAUAGAUUAUAAAAUCGGUAUUGAGCUCACAUUCUUCAGAGCCUUAAAGUCCUGGCUCUAAGGGUAACCAGUAUAAUGCCUGUAUUUAUAUUUCUUUGUACAAGUGUAUACUUUACAUUGUCUUUUUUAUGUUUUACAUUUAUUUGUAUAAUACAUUUUUGUAGUAGUCCAUUGGAGCUUUCAGAAUAGUCAUUGGGGUGGUGCCAUCCCCUUUAUAUUGGCACAAUACUUGUUACCCUCAGAGUAAGGACUUUAAGGCUCUAAAGAAGGUGAGCUUAAUACAAAUUGUAUAAUUUAAUUGAUAUACUACACAUUAGAUGCCUCUCUCCAUUUUACCUUUCUCGGAGCGUAUGUUAAGUGGAGUUGGUGUGAUGUUGCCCUAAGAGCAGACAAGCCAGUUUACGGAGCCAAUAUGUAUAAGCUUUUUAAAUGUGAGCGUUCAAAUUAUUAAAAUGUAUCAUUCAAAUUCCAUCAAAUUUCAUUACCAUCUGCACUAUAUUGCACUAGUUUUUUUUCUAUUUUAUGUGCCCCUAUGUUUAAGGUUUCAUCAAGAUAACGUGGGGUAAGCUACUCCUUAUGCAAUUAUCACAGCGCUCCCCUAGAUUAGGGAUGCCCCAAAGGUAGAUACCUAGAUGUUUUAGAACUACAACUCCCAUGGGGCGUUGUAUGCCUUUAGAUUGACAAAGCAUCAUGGAAGCUGUAGUUUUAAAACCUAUGUGGAUUUACCUUUUGGUCACUCCUGCACUAGAUUAUCUAAUGCUUCAGGCUUUAAUUGCAAUUUGUUCAACUGCUUUAUAUUGCCUGAAGCAAACCCUCUCGCCAUUUGGAUCAAAGCAUGUAUAUGUUAAUAUAAAAUCGUGCUCAUUAAAGUGACUACGCACCUGCUGUCUCAGAGUAGAUUGACACAAGCGCCACCAAUAAAUACAUGUUGAAACAGACUGUGGGCGUGACAGCCACAAAUUGGACCGUGCUGUUUAGGUGUAACAACUCCAUGUCCUGCUAUUUCUAAAACUGAGACCCAAUGGUGUGUAUCCAUAGGUAAAUGCAAGUUUUGCCCAGGCACACCCUAAUGUGGGGCCAUAUUGACCUCCCUGUCCCCUGCUUUGGGCCCUGUGGGUAAUUUUCUUGGGUUUGGGUAAGUUCAUGUUUUCUUUAGGAAAAAUAAAAAAAAUGAUUCUCUGUAUUCACCAAAACCAUGCACUUUUCAUUUCAAAUUACUGGCAGAAGUUCAAUACCUCUGCCCUACACUAUGCUGUCUUGCUCUUUAUUGUUGCUUGUCUCCAGCAAGUGUGGGAUGCAUGCAUAUCUCCCAACAAACAUUUCUCUGUUGCAAACUUAACUUGUGAUUACGUUUUGAUGCAAAAACGACAACUACCAUUUCUAAAACCUCGAGGUUUUGGUGUGAUGAUUUCCAGUCUCUGUUUCUAUGUGAAAUAAAGCAUAUAUUGGUGAUCUGUUUCUGAAACCUGUCCUCAUUUACCGCUAGCAGGAUUGGUUAUAGGUUUUGUGAACAGCUGAGAUAAUUGCCGACUUAAAAUAAAUAUACCAACACACUCACACACACUAAAAGCACUUAGGACUGUGACUCCCAAGUUGGGGGAGUGGCUUCAACAGAUUCCAGGUGGGACAUCUGAGGUUGCUGUCCAGAAGAGUGCAGUUCUAGGAACAGCUAAGAUACUGCGCAGAACCCUCAAACUCCCAGGCCUCUGGCCCAUAAAAAAAUGCGUGGAAGCAAUUGAGGUCACACACACACCCUUUGCAAGACCCGUUCUUUUUGCUACAGACUUUAAAUCAGGCUGAACGUUAUUACAAAUAGGAACAUGAGUGCAUAUUACAUUUUAUAUUUUCCAUAGAAUUAUGGCAUAAAGUGUUUGAGCAAAUUUGUUGCGUUUUAGAUCCAAUAUGUUGGGAGAUAGCUUGGAGGCAUGUUACUCAACAGGUAUGAUGGCAAUUGUGGGAUGAAUUAAGUCAAUGAGUUUACUUUAUAUUUUUUAAGUGCAUCUGUCACUGGGAAAAUUACUUAAGGCCUCUUUUCUAAGAUAGAAAAAUGUAUCUAUGUGAAAAUGUUUGUAUAUUUAAUGUAGUGACCUCAGAUGGCAUUGCAGUAAAUAUGAGGGCCAUUAGUGACUCCAUGUGUCUGGCUGACACUGCAAACUUGAAUGCCAAAAAAUAAACCGAUACGGUAUUCAAACGCCCUUUUUUUAUGUUUUUAUACACACAUGUUGCUGAUAUUGUGGCAUUGCUGAGACUGACCAAAACCAGGCUGGUACUAGGCACUUAUGUUAUCUGAUUUUGGCAGUUGUUUAAGGGGCAGUUAGUUAUAUCCCAUUUCUAUGUUUCCAUCUGCACAAGUUAUGUUCUAAUUGUUUGUUUAUUUCUCUGUUGCAGGCUUGGCACUUACGAUUUAGCCAUCUUGCAGGAUAUGGUGCCAAAUAUUACUCUUAUCUGAUGUCCAGAGCAGUUGCCUCCAUGGUAUGGAAGCAAUGCUUCAUGAAAAAUCCAUUCGACAGGUAAGUUAAAGGAGGAACUUUAUUGGAAAUCUCAACCCUUGCUCUUACACUAAGCACUUAUUUAUCUGAGCUGGGACCCUGAUCGCCCUGUACAGAUCAGCAUGACCCCUUUUGUGUGUUUUGGGCCCUCUGCCAGUACAAGUACAUGUAAAACUGUCAGUGCUGACACUUGGUGUUUAUAAAGCCCUGCUAUUGUUACAAGCUGUACCGGGGAGAUGAGCCAGAGCUCAUUCCUCUGUGAACCUCUGUAAAUAAAGCAUACUUCUAACAUUGUUUGUUCUCAAAGACAUUAUCAUAAACCCCUAUCACAGAGGAAUCUUGCUAUUAAAAUAAUUUUGUCUGUUUACCUUACAGAAAAGUGUUCAUCUAACUGGCAUAAAAUUAUAUAGCACUUUGCCCUUCAGUAACCUGAAUUUUGUAAUUCAAUAUAUCCCUGUUAAUUAUUAUUUGUAAAGCAUCAACAUUUAUUUAUUUAUAAAAUAUUUUACCAGGAAGGAUACAUUGAAAUUUCUCUUGUUUUCAAGUAUGUCCUAGUCCAGAGAGCGUAGCAGGAACAGUUCUUAUAAGAGUUAGUGAUUAUACUCAGGAGAGUAUUGUGAUAUAGCAAUCCCCAGAGUGAAUGUAGUUCUCCAAUCCCCCCAACAUGAGCCAAGAAUUCAUGAAGCAGUCAAUGAAUCUCUCUUUAAUGGGAGCCACACUUGGCCUUUUAUGACAAUCCCCAAGCAAGGGGUAUGCCCACAUGGACUUUGUUGGGGGACUCCAACACAAAGACACAGACCAAUAAGAACAGUGAUUAAAUGCACAACAUUCCCAUAACAAACAUACAAUCCCUCCUCCCUGCCUGGGAGAUAAUUGAGUCAGAUACUGUAUUAACCCAAUUAUCUCCAGAUAAUUGGAGUACUUUUGGGGUUUUGUAAAAGACACAUUUUACAAAACCCCAAAAGUACCCCCAAACACAUUGUAGCCCCUGAUAGCCCUGAUCUGAGUGACCAACAUAUCCAAAAAUCACCCAGAUUAGUUCAGGGGUUCAGGAAUUUCCAGGAAGUCACAUUUUGACCAGGCGCACGCAUGGUCCCGUGCCCAAAACCAUUUCAGAGAAUCAGGCUGUGCGGCCGGUCUACUUCGAGGAUUCAAAAUAACUUUAAAAAACUGAACGUAGCUGUUCGUGGAUAAAGUCAGUGUAUGUCUCUUGUUCGUGAGUUUAUUCUUGCCAAACGGCGUUCGACUCCCGUUCGAAUAGCCGAACCUCCAUGGAAGGUAAAAGCUUAGCGGUGUUUGGGCCGUUGAGUGCCCGAUUUGAGUUCCAUGCACUCGACGACCAAACACUGCUGGAUGCAUUUGACUACACAAGAUGGCUGCCACCACGUGUUCGAAUGCCACUUCAAAUGGCUUCAGGAGUUCGAAGUGCCGCUUUAAAAGUUUGAAUGUUUCCUGUUAGAAGUCCCAGAGGCACAAACAGUGUUUUUAGACAAAGUCUACCACAGGGCCAUAGUCACAGGGCAGGAGGCUGGCAAACAGGCCCCUCCAAAAGCCAAUGGCAAAGUUACUUUCGUCACAAAAAGGUUCAGUGUCUGGCGCUGAAAUGUUAGUGUGAUUCUUGCUUAAUGGGACAUUAUAGUCACCAAAAUAACUUUAGUUUUCUAAAGCUGUUUCGGUGUACAGAUUAUGCCCCUGAAGUCUGACUAAUCAAUUCUCUGCCACUUAGGAGUUAAAUCACUAUUGUUUCUGUUUAUGCAGUCCUAGCCACACCUCCCUAGACUGUGACUUACACAGCUUGCAGGGAAAAAAAAAAAGUUAGAUUUUUCAAUCAGAUGUAACUUACUCGUUCUUAAUUUUAGCUCCUGCUCUGUAAAUUGAACUUUAAUUACAUACAGGAGGCUCCUGCAAGGUCUAGCAAGCUAAUAGUGCAGGAUACAUGCUGUGCAAUAAAGGAAGUUUAAACAGUAGAUUUAAAUUUACAGGAAGUGUUUAGGAAAGUUGUGCAAGUCACAUCUAGGGUGGUGUGACUUGGGCUUCAUAAAUAAGUGAUUUAAUGCCUAAUUGGGAGAGAAUUGAGAAGUAAGACUGCAAGGGCAUGAUCUAUAUGCAGAUACUGCUUUAAUAAGCUAAAAUUGGCCUAAAAUGUAAAUUCCAACAGCUUAUUAUUAAGUAGAUAUAAGAAAAGAGGAUGGGUCAGGUUGUUAAUUGAGUUUGGGGGGUAACACCUAACUAUGAAUAUGAAAGCGAAAAGAAAGGGAGGAUCGGAGGUGGAGACUGUCUCAUACCACACGAACCUGACCUUUAUAAAUGGAAGAGCAACCCAUAAAUAAUUUUUAAAAAUAACAUUUAAUUUAAUAAGUAUAGAAAAAAAAAACAAGAAUUGGGGCGGAGCCUGACUGCCAAGCAGACUGGACGUCUCCUAAACUUGGCAGAGCUAUUAAUCAAAUUAUUACAGGCAAGCAGCAGAUCAAUCGGCAAAACUGCUCUUAUUGAUUAGUGGGUGCGCUGGGGAAUCGAGCGACACUAAACAUGGGGCUUCCCUCAGCUGGAUUGCCCGAGCUGUAAACUCAGUGGCCUACUAGCAGGGCUGGCGUCUGAGAGAAGGCCACUCUCCUAAUGCUGUUUCCAGUUAAUUGCAUCUGACCGAUGAUCUCGCAGUUGUAGCCUCUAGUAACCACUCACUCAGACCGCGUGGUUACCAAGAUGGCAGAGAGUAGCACCAGAAACACAGCCAAAACCCUGCAAUGGCUGUAUCAGGACUAUAACGUUAUUAGACACCGCAUGCUUGGGCAGCUAGUGCCCACUUUGGGUAUACGGUGACAGUCCCUAGACAAUGUCUCUCAGCCUACUUCAUGGGCCCUUAAGCUGAGGACCCUCUAUUAAACCGCACCAUGUUUCUAUAUUAUGGCCCUAGCAGUUUAAGUUUCAUUGCUACCUGAUGUUUAGCAUGUCUAUUUUAGGUAAAAAUUAUCGCACAAUGACAACCUACUGUAUUUUUUAAGCAGCUCCUUUGCAGAUUCUAUACAUUUACAUAUAAAAGGACCUUACGUGAAUGCUACAGACAAUGUGGUGGGGCACAAUAGGCUUUUUAUGAACAACUAUAAAUAUUUUAUGCGGUGUACCUUGUGUUAUCACCAGCUUUAACCUCCUAAGGACCAGUAAAUAUUUGUCUGACAGCCUGGCUUUUAAAAACUAAUUUUUUUAACAUGGAAUAUUCUACAUCAAGCAUGUCAAACUCAAAAGCUAAGACGGGCCAAAUAAACACGGUUUACGUUUAUGUGGGCCGCAAAAAAAACAACCAAUACUUCAGUUUCCAUAGAAAUAUAGGUUUAUUUAGAAAAGUACAGUAUAAAAAAAGUUUCCUAACUGAAACUGGAUGUCCUUGCGCUCGUAGGGCUUCAAAAUAGAUAAGGGCGAAUUUAUUUUAAGAAAUGCAUUUGCAUAUAAACGUUUCAGUCCAACUACCUUGACCUAUUAAGAAAUGGGACUGAAUAGUGAAUGUAUGCUGUUGCACAGCUGUAAAAAACAAAUAGUUUUCUUGUUGAUUUUCAAUUUCUAUGAGUGUGUUCUUCACUUUGGCUGAGAUCAUCAAACUUGAUUAUCACAGCCAAUCCAAUGCUUUCCCAUAGGAAGGCAUUGGGAGGCUAUUGUGCAUGUGUGGGGAAAAUCUGUACGGCCAAUCAGAAUCUCUGUGGGGAGCAUUCAGGGCCUCCAUGCAGACCCAAUCUAACACACUGCCCCUCUUCCCACUCUAAUACACUGCCCACAAAUCCAACACACUGCCCCUCCUCCCUCCACUCAUCCCCUCCACCAUACACUGCCCCCUUCACCCAAUCUAAUACAUUGCCCCUUAAUCUAAUACACUGCCCCUCAUCCCUCCACUCUAAUUGUAAAGACUGCCCCCAUUCCCACCACUCUACUUUUAUACGCUGCCUUCCAUUUCCCCAAUUUAACACACUGCCCCCUACCACACUAACACACUGGCCCCCGCCCUUCCCUAAAUUAAUACUCUGCACCCUCCCUCCCAUUAAUAUACUGCCACCACUCCCCAAUUUAAUAUACUGCCCCCCUCCCCCAGGUUUUUACACUGCCCCUUCCCUCUCUUAAAUUAAUACACUGCCCUCCCCCCCAAUUUAACAUACUGACCCCCCCACCACCACCACCACUCUGCACUGCCCUCCCCCCAAUUUAACACACUGGUCCCCUCUCUCCCUCAAAGUAAUACACUGGCACCCUCCCUCCCCCAAAUUAAUAGUGCCCUCUCCCACCCUCAAAUUAAUACACUGCCCUCCCUCAAAUUAAUACACUGCCCUCCCUCAAAUUAAUACACUGGGCCCCCCCUCCCUUCCCCAAAUUAAGACAGUGCCCCCUCCUACCCUUAAGUCAAUACAGUGCCCCCUCCUCCAAAUUAAUACACUGCCCUCCCUCAAAUUAAGUGUCCUCUCCCACAAAUUAAUACAGUGCCCCCUCCCCCAAAUGAAGUGUCCCCUCCAUCCCCCAAAUUAAUACAGUGCCCUUACCCCCAAAUUAAUGCAGUGCCCCCUCCCUCAAAUCAAUACAGUGCCCCCUUCUUCCCUGUUGUCUGCUUGAAAGUCAGCGGGCUGUAAUUAGGUAACUUUAUAAAAGUGUCAAUUUCUAUUGAAAUCGGCACUUUUUGCAAAAUGAACUAAAGAGGACACACUCUUAACACACAAAGCUUUUCAGCAAGCUAAAAUGCAUUAGGGGUCUGGAGUGUACCUUUAAGGACCAGACUUUGCUAAUUAUUAUUAUUAUUAUUUAUAAAGAGCCAACAAAUUCCGCAACGCUGUACAAUUGCAUAGGUUCACUCUGAUUCUUGAUGAGUUUCAUAUUUAUGAACUCUGAAUGACAACCACUGAGCGCAAAGUUGUGUUGUGUAUAUUUUGCUCUCUCACCCUCUAAAUCAAGGAGGUAUGUUCGAUUUUCUUGACCCACCGGCACUUGUAGUGUUAAGGAUUAUCCUAGCAGUGGACACUCUAUCAAAUUGCGUGAACUCUUUGGGGAAUGUAUCUUAAGCAUCGGCAAAGAUUUUGAUAUCAAAUGUAUCGAGCAUCAUUCAGCAUUGUGUAAUUUGAAAGGCUGGGUACAUUUCUUUAGUCUUUGUGGAAUGAAGGCAUUCUUUGUGUCAUAGUGGCAGGUCUGCUUUAGUCUGCAUCCUUGUCUGUGCAGUAAUGAAAUAUGAGCUCAUCCCAACAUCUUUUAAUGAAAGGAGAAAAUGCAGGUGAUGGUAACCAGAUCUAUAUUUUCCUUUAGGGUGAUGGGAGAGCGUUAUCGUCAGGAGAUGCUGGCACAUGGUGGUGGAAAAGAGCCCCUGCUCAUGGUUCAAGGUAAGCAGAAAGCACAGGAAUGUUUGAUCAUCAGAUCUCAUUGUCUGUUCAGUUGAGCAGAACCUAUGUUUGACAAACAACAUCUGUUGUGUUUUGAUGGUUUCAAUCGUUUCACUCUGUUUCUAUUGUUGACCUUUUCUUUCUUCAUAUGCACAAAGGCUUCGUAGCAGAUCUCCAUUUUUGGGAAGCACAAGCAUUUGGGCUUUCUAUGUGUUGUAGGCUCAUGAAGUGUAUCGGAAUACCGCAUGUUUUACAAGGACACCAAAACCCAUAUACUCUAGUUCCUUGCACUACUCAUUGCCCAAACAAACGCAUGCUAAAUUUGCCAAGUGUUCAGUUCAUGUAGUCUCAAUGUAAUAACAUUGUAAGCUUAUUUUUAAAUAGUCUAUGGGCCAUCAGAGUAGCAAAGUGUUAGAAGUUUCAUGGUUAAGGAAUAUAAGCCACACAUUAGCAUUAAAGGAGUGAAACAAGUAAGACAAAGUUCAAGACAGUGUAAGCAUAACCAUGAUUUGUAGAUUAAAUUAACAGAUGGGAGGACUGAAAAAACCCCAAACGUAAACAGACAAAGUGAAUUUAUUCUUUGGAAAUGUCGCGGGAUGCAUCAUGUCUUUGAAGUUCACACAACAGAAAAAUAACUUCAGCAAAAAUAGAGAGAUUCAAAACACCCUUUGUAUUUAUUUUUUUUAUAAAUUGAGGGGGGGGAGGAAAGGGGAAUUAUUUGAAAAGUUUAUCACAAAAAGAUAAAUCAUGGCUAUAAGUGUUGUUUACUGGGCUGUUACUUUUGGGGAAGUGUGGCAAACCCAAAAAAGGCAUCAUUGUCAGUGGAAAAAAAAUAGCAGAAAACAUGUCUAGAAUCUUUAAUAUUAUUAACUCAAACAUAUUCCUGCAGCACUUGAAAUGAUAUAUUAGACAUAGAAACUACAAGUGUCGACAUACAGAGUAAUGUUGAAAGAGACUAGAGGUGAAAAGGACACUGCUCAAAUGAGCGUACAGAGAGAUCUUCCAGCAGUUGUACACAUCAGAUCUGAUAAAUGCACUGCAAGGAUCCAAUUCAUGUGAAACCUGCAGAAACAUUAGAUCAUGUAAAAGUCCUCGUAAGUCCCAUAAUAUAACGGCCUAAUUUGCCGAUGACAUGCAUUGGUGUAUACUACUCCGUUAAAAUAGGGAGCGAUGUCCAUCAAAUCAACCUGUAAGAAAUGAAAAUGUUUUAGAUUUUUAAUCUUUCAAAUUGUACUCCUUGUACCAUUUGCCCUAUAAUUUCCAAAAUGUAUUUAAAUAUACCUCUAUUUUUAGAUACAUUCAUUGUGUAGAAUUACAAGCAAUAAUAAUUCUAAUCAGGAAAAUGGAAAAAACACGUUUCUUUUUGAUGUCACUCUCACUGAUUUUUAUUGAUAGUGUUUUUGCGCACUGCAUGAGAGCGUUUGAAAUGAUGGCAGACCUGACAUGUCAAAAAUGUACUAUUGUCAGUCAUAAAUACAUGGAACCUAAAAAAUCUUAUGUUUAGUUGUAGAUAACUUUCUAAUUGUACGACCUCGUUUUCAAGUUGAAAACCUAGACACGGACUUUGAGAUUUCUUACUUGUUUUUAGUAUAUUUAGUUUUUGUGGUUUUAAAUUAUAAAUCUACAUAUGUCAUAAAAAUUGUCUGCUCCCGUCUGGAGUGCGCUUUUGAUGUUUUUCUUCCAUUAAAUGUAUGGAUAACUGUCUUGAUUUAAUAGUCUACCUCUGUUCGAAGUGAAUAUUUUUUUUUUUUUUUUUUUUGCAUUAAGACCCUUAGAAAUAGUUUUUAAACACACCAUAUGCGCAAAUCGCUAAAAUGUAUGAGAACCGUUUUAUCCCAUAUUAGAUCUAUUGUUGUGGUGGGAUUGAAGGGAGAAAGAAUGACCUUUUUGACCAGUUCAAUGAUUGUUUUCUGAAUAGCAAAUUUAAAAUAGCCUGGUGCUUUUCCCUAAUCUUAAUAAUAACAGGAAUUAACAACAAAUAGACUGCUAUGACUGUUAAGUUUCAGACUGAGAAUGUCACAUACAAUAUCCUCACAGCAUGAAACCUAAUUCUCAAGGCAGAGACUUUACCAGACAAUGAAAGCUGGCUUUUACUCCAAAACAUAAAAGGCGCCAGUUGUUAUUAUAGACAAUAAACACUUUUUAAGUCUUUGUCUUGUUCUGUUACAUUUUUUUGUUUUUGUUUUUGUUUUCCUCUUUGUGAUGCUGAUAUAUCAUUUACUAAAGUUGUAUUUGUAUAUGUAUUGCUUUGUGUUUUAAAAGGGACUCCCUUGUCCCUUUGCCCCAGCGUCUUAAUUCUGCAACACUCCUACAAUUUUUGUCCUGCAAAAAAAUAUAAAAUGUCAGAGGUAAAAUCCCAACAUGGACUUGGUGGCGUCAUGGGGGACGCUAUGUUAGCACUUGUGCAAAUUAUUAAAAUCGCUUACUCCUUUAACAUCACCAAAUAAGCCAAGAGUCCUGAUGUCAAUGCAAACUCUAUUAAAGCAUAAAACCUUUUUGCUGUUAAAGCACUAUUGCACAAAUUAAUAACAUGACAUUUCUACCCAUGACUGGUUAUAACAUAUUGCAUUAAAACAAUUGAUAGUGGUAUAGCCCACUAGAAGAGUAUUCUUUUAGGCAUAGCAUAAUCAAAAUUGUGACAUUUAUAAAUUAUUUGGCGAUGUGAACAAUUUAAUAUAUUUUAUGUAAAAUACAGAGAUUUCUUCACCAUACCUAGCUCCAGCUUUGUCAUUUCCUCAUCUUCGUGGGUGUAACUCUUUGUGACACCCACCUCUGGUCUGUCCUCUGCUCUUCUUUGAUUUGUCCUGCUUGGAAACACUACCCCAAGCAGGACAAACCUCUGCUGACACGAUGGCCUUGUUGCCGGCGUCUGAAUGAAGUGUUAGUCAUUUUGUUCUUAAACUCCCUGCCCAGCUCUAGCAGCACCAGAAAUGGAGUUUCCAUAGCAACCUUAUUGCAUGCGCAGUAGUUGCUCUGCAUGGGAGAGAAGAGGGAUCUCCUAUGAGGGAGGUGUGUCAGUAGUGUAUUUGACUGACACACAAGCCAAAGAUUUGACUGAGAAUUGGGAGAAAAACAAUCUAUAGACAGAGUCAUGGACUCUUGAGGUUUAUAAAGGUGCCUUUUGUCAUUCUUUUUAGAAGUAAACCAUCAUACCUUGCUCUUGGAGAGCCCCUCGUUUCAAGAUUCACUACUGACCCAAGUGUUAUGCAAUAGAUAGUAUGGCUCUGAGUGUGGUAUAGAUUUGGGUGGUUUAGCGGCACCUUAGAGAGGACGUUGUAUGUGUUGUAGAUCAAAUCAAGUGUUUGAUUAUUUGAAUAUUUGCCCCUGUCUAAAUUAUCAAUAUAAUUGUGUGCACGCUCCUGAAGUAAGUCACACAAUACACAAGUUUCAGGUUAAUGAAAAACUUCAGAAUGUUUAAUCAGGGGGGGCGGAGAACCCCUUAUAAAGACAGAAAUACGUCACAUGCAGAAAACAAGAUAACAGAGAGAAUACAUCCUUAAUUGGUGAAUGCUCAGUGUCUUAUCUACUGUACUUCCUACAAGCCAUGAUGUUACUGUUAUCAUGGAGUUCUCCUCCAGAUUUCAGCGCCAUCUUGUAACAUGAGGUAGCUAGUCGGUGGGAGGGGGAGUUUCUAGCAGCCAUCAUAAGUAAAUAUUGAAUAAUACUGAUUACAGUUAUGCAGAGUAAAUAGACAUUUUACUAAUUCUAAUAUUUUAUCCAUAACGGUAUGACUAUCUAUUCUAGACUGAUAUGCUUUAGAAAUUGUAUGUAAUCCAGAUUGUAUUGUGCCUUUGGAACCUUAGUUUAACUUUAUUUGGUUGUUAACUAUGGGUUUAAUAUUUUUUAUUUGUCCUUUCUGAAGAUUGCAAGGCAUAUAUUACCUUGUUUUACUAAAACCCACAAAAUGAUCUUACCAAAUUAAGUGUUAAAAGCAUGCAAAAAAAUCACGCUGGGGCAAAUCUGUUCAUGGCCAAACAAUUGCAACAUUCAUUACUGUCACCUUUUACACACAGUAGGACAUUAGGCAAGAAACAGCAUGUAUUUUGGGGUCAAGCCUCCUCACCCCCUCCAGCUAUCCUGCCUGUGUAAGAUGAAUCGUACUGAAUACCCCAGGAUUUCUAUGUGAAUUCCAGGCCGGAUUAAUUUCAAAUAUACUGGCGGUAGCGAUGGAACAAAUUGGAUCAAACCCUACAUGAGAAGUCUUUUUCACUCUGUGUUUCAUUGAUGUACAUCUAACAAAAUAGCCUUUGAUUAUUCUUAUGUUUUGGAGAUCUAUAUAUACACUUUUCUUUUUUUCAAAAAUCCUCCAAAUUGACAGGUUUGACAAUUAUACUGUAUUACUUUUUUUUUUUUCCCUGACUCGGUUAUCAUGUUCUGUACUUUUGAUUCCAACCGCUUUUGAUAUAAUGUUCUAGUAGCCCUCCCUCAUUUGAUAAAUAUAAUCCUUAUAAGAUUAUAAGAAAAAUCAAUUCCUGCAGAGCGAUAAAAUACAGCAUAAGAUACAGGAUAAAACGGUGAAAGAUAUUGGAAUGGCUAGCUUUUGAUAUCAAUAAAAAUAUUGCUGAGAAGUGAGUACUGCCCUCCAGCUGCUUGUUCACCUUGAGGCCUUAUCUUAGAGGUGAGCGUUGCCUUAGAAUGUUGCAUAUUUCUUUUCAAAUGUCUUCAUGUUUUGAAAUUUGCUUCCUUUACCGUAUUGUGUUUUUUUCCCCACAUACUGGAGAUUUACUUUUGUGUAUAUACUCUCUAGGACUAAGUUCUGAAAAUGAAUUCCAACUUCAGUUCUUCCUGUUGCCUGUAGCUUUUCAGUGAAUUUAACAUCUUUUUCUAAAUGUUAUAUUUUAGGUUGUCUUUUUAGCCCCUAUAACAACUUUACAAAAGGCUUAUUAUUCAGUGUCAAACAAAAACGGUACCUUGUUUUACCGGUUCAUAAAGGAAGUCUGUGUUUUGUUUACAAGCAUCAUUAAAUGAUAUGCUCUUUAACAUUUAUUAUUCAUUUCUUCUGUGGUGAGAUCCAUAAAAGGAAAUGUAGUUGUUGGAAGCAGUCAGCAUCAUCCCAGUGGAACAAAAAACGUAGAUGUGAAUUUUUAAUUUAUCCCUCUUUGCACCAGUGGAAUAAGGAACAAAUGUUGACAUUUUAUUAAUAUAUCAGGACUCAAAAUGUCUUCAGGCCAUUGGCACUUAAUUCACUACUGGUGGGUGCACCAUGGAUCCUCCAGGCAUGCAGUGGCAAGUAACGUUCAAUGCCUGGCUAGUAGCCAAAGACUUUGAAUUCUAAGCCCUGAAUAUAGUUCCCUAGACAUGGAACUUAAAUGGCAGGGAUAUUGUUGAGGGUAAAUUGCAAGCCAUCAAUCAUUUUACAUAGUGUUGUUAAAACCACAAUACAUCUACCUGUUUGCAUGGCAGCUUUUACUCAACAGUGAGUUGUAAUGCAGGAGGGGUGACCAAUUAUUUGCCACAUCAGGGUCAAAAUUUAUAAAAUACAAACACAGCAAGAAAGAUUGGUGGAUUGGCGCGUCACACCUUCAAUAGCAACAAUCCCCAGUGGCCACUCAAAUACAAAGUGAGAAAGAGAGAAUAUAGGGGGGUGCAAAUAGCAUAUACACUACUUUACUAUAUAUUUACUGUAGUGAGUAAAUCACCUCCUGAUUAUCCUAUAAUAAAGACAGUAAAAACAUACAUAGUAUAAUACUGUUAUAUAAAGUAGGAAAAUUAUUAUUCAUCUUCUAUUGAAGCCAGAGCCAGCUCUAUGUGGCUCUGUGUCUGUGAGUGACCCAAUACCUUUGAAUUGAUUAUUCCUACUUUAUAUAACAGUAUUAUACUAUGUAUGUUUUUACUGUCUUUAUUAUAGGAUAAUCAGGAGGUGAUUUACUCACUACAGUAAAUAUACAGUAAAGUAGUGUAUAUGCUAUUUGCACCCCCCCUCCCCCCAUAUUCUCUCUUUCUCACAGGAUCAAAAUUUAUAUUAAAUAAUACAGAUUGCACUCACAUUAAUUUGAAUACAUUAUAAGGGUGCUGGUGGACAAACUGACACUAUAGAUUCCAUUCAAAACCAUCUUCAAAGUGUCAAGUGUUAUAAAAUGACCUAACUUAAAGGGACCCUAUAGUCACCAAAACAACUUUAGCUUAAUGAAGCAGUUUUGUUGUAUAUAUCAUGUUUAUAUAACAUUCUCGUUGUUCAAUUCUCUGCCCUUUAGGAGUUAAAUCACUUUGUUUAUGCAGCCUUGGUCACACCUCCCUGCAUGUGACUUACACAGCAUUCCUGAACACUUUCUGUAAAGAGUCAUGUAAUGUUUACAUUACAUUUAUUGUGCAUUCUGUUUAAUUUAGAAUUUAUCUCCUGCUCUGUUAAAAGCUUGCUGGCCCCACAGGAGCCUUCUGUAUGUAAUAAAAGUUCAAUUUACAGAGCAGGAGAUACAAACUUUUUAAAGUAAGUUACAUCUGAUUGAAAGUGAAACCAAUUUUUUUUCAUGCAGACUGUGAGUCACAGCCAGGCGAGGUGCGGCUAGGGCUGCAUAAACUAACAAAAUGUAUAUAUCUCCUAAAUGGCAGAGAACUGAGCAGUGAGACUGCAGGGGCAUGAUCUGUACACUAAAACUGCUUCAUUCAACUAAAGUUGUUUUGGUGACUAUAGUGUCCUUUUACAUUAAAUAAUCGGCAUUUUAAAAGCACAGCUCCCUAUCAUAGAUGCUUUGUUACACCAUCGGUGAGCAUUGGCAUUUCAUUUAUCGCACCGAGCGGAUAAAUCUCAAAUGAGCACUAGAGUAGGUUGUUUAGGAUCUGUCAAAAAUUGGGUGUUUUGUAAGCAGUGGCUUUUCCUAUUAUAAUCCUGGGAGAUUUUUGUAAACUUGGUUUUAUAACUGAUUUAAAAUGGAGUGUAUGUAUUGCAUUGAAAUUAUGUUAAUACGGACGCUUUAUUCACAAGUCCUAUUAUAAUGUGAUAUUGUAGUUUAUUUAGUAAUCAUAAGUGAAAAACAUUGAUGAGCAGUCCACUUUAAGACGCUAUCAUACACUGGAUUCAUAGCAGUUUUAGUGUGUGCAAUCUAUAUCUUUAUGUUGCCAUUGUAUCACUUUUAUCAGCAUUUGAUGUAUUCAGUAGAUGUCCUUAUCUUUUCUCUUCUUAGUCCAGUGUGUUGUCUGCCAGAUGUUCCGUUCAGUGAAUAAAUAUUGUCCUGUAGAGUUCUGGCAGUGUAUCACACACCAUGACAAUCAAUAUUUACCAAAUCACACAGAGUCUCAUGCAUCGCUUCCUCGUUCCUCAUUACUACGAAAACUGGGAAAGGAACGGUUAUUGUCAGUGACAUAAUUACAUCAAUUAUUUCCUUUCACCAGGGUAAAAACAUCAAAGCAGGGAAGGUGAGUCUCACCAUCGCCCUGGGGUUGGGAGAGACCCAUCAGCCAUGACUUUUAGCACAUAAAUAUUCUUUAAAGCAUGGUAAAGUUUAGCCACUGUUCUUUGUAGUCAAUUGUUAAUUAUAGUUUAAUGCCUAAGGAGUGUGCAACGUGUUACAAAACAAAAGUGAUACAUCGCUCACUCCCCUCUGGCACUCUGAGAUGGAUAUAGAUAGGUGCGUCAAUGUCUGCUGGUGAGACCUCUGCCCCAUGAAUGAAACACUUUGUCCUGAAUUGAUAACAGGUCUCAUAGCUUUAGGAUAAUCCCUGGGUGACUUUAUACGUUUUGGAAAUUACUAUUCCUAUUACUCUGACAGGGGGUGCUGAAUAAUUUGAGGAGUUAUUUCCCCUGGAAAGAGUGGCCAUUUUUACUAGAACAAAAGUGUUUAAAAAUGUGCAUACACUAUGCACCAUUUUAUUUUUUAUUUUUUGUCGGGGGGGUCUUUUUUUUUUUUUGGUAUAUGUUGACAUCUGAUAUCAAUGUAUGUAAAUUGGUUCUGUUUGUGUUUUUUUUUUUUUUUUAUAUAUAGUGGUGCACUAUUGGGCUAUUCAGAAUUCAUCGUUACUGCUUUAUUGUUAAAAUGUAAUGGAUAAAUGAUGCAUGUAAAAUAUAAGUUCUAGUGAGUGAGAAGGUAACUCCGUACCCCCAGAGUAGUCAUUGGAAUGUGGUAGAUGUAGAAAAUAGCAACACAUCCCUGAAAACAGUCAUAAGAUCUGUAUGUCUCCAGUUCACAAUACUUACCCCGCAGCUAAGGAUUUUGGGUUGGAAGAUGCUGACAUGAUUGUCUUUAACCUCUGUAUAUUCAUUUUAUGCAUGAAUCUCUUCGACAGGCCAUUUAUGAAAGGAAUGUCUACCAGUACACCCUCUAACAUGAUCUUUAUAUCGACUGUGGUUAUAAACAGAGUAGAUGGACAGGACCAAGUAUACUGGUAUAUGUCAUCAUUAUUUGGCUGCAGUGUAAUUGUUGUGUGUUAAAGAUAUCUGUGGGUUAAAAUAAACAGACUUAAAGGAUCACUGUAGGGUCAGGAACACAAACAUGUAUUCCUGACCCUAUAGUGUUAACACCACCAUCUAGCCCCCCUGGGACCCUCAUGCCUCCAUAAAUAUAGUAAAAAUCUUACUGUAUUCAAGCCUGAAGCUGUAAAUCUCCUCAUAGAGAUGAAUUGAAUCAAUGAAUGUCUAUGAGGAAAGUUCAGUGUCUGCAUGCAGAGGGAGGAGAUACUGAAUCACAGGAUGCUGUGCACAGUGCUGCCCUGUGCUCUGCCGACAGCAGAUCUGAGUGGAUUGAGGCAUAUUAUGCCUCCAUCAACUCGGAAGCCCCUCUGGUUCACUCUGAGUGACUGCAACUGGAGGUGUUCCUAGCUUUCUACAUAAACACUGUAUUUUCUACAUAUUUAUUGAUUGUAAUAAGAUUUAAAAAUGCUACCAGCAAUAACCCAAUGUGCUAAACAUACACAAUAAAGUGGAGAUCAAAGUAAUAAAAAUAUAUAUAUACACGUUAAUAGAUAGACUCUGGUGUCAGAGAUAUGUAAAUCGACAAAAGCACACGUCUGUGCUAAGUGAAAAAAAGAGGGGGGGGGUGGCAGCUUUAUGGGGUAUGAUGUGUAUAUUAGAGUGAUACAGUAAGUAUAUAAAUAUCAGAGCUUGCCCAAGGCUUUAUGGUGGUAGGAGUAAACCAAUAUUGUAGCACUACCUCAAAUGUGGCAGAAGGCCAAAUAGAACAUGCUACACAUGUAUCAUCUCAAUCAUAAAAUGAUACAAAGUGUGCUAAUUGCAGAGCGCACUCACAUAUGGAGUUCUAAUAGACUCAAUAGUGGCCAGCAAUUUCCUAUCAGCUGAAAGACCGCUGGUGAAUACUGUCCAGUUAGAUCGAAUUAGACCCAUGAUGUAAGUGGCAGUGGAGUACAAGAUCACCUACCUAUAUGCCAAUGGUGAUGAGUAAUAUCACACUCUCUCCCCCAUUGGGAAUGGGAUACAAUUAGUGUAUAUACUGCCGAAAUUAGAAGCUCUGUUACAUUAAUUUACAUCUAACCAAGGUCUUGAAACCAUCUUAAUUAGACACCAUGCAUCUACAAUGAAUUCAAGAUGAAUUUCAAAAUUUAGAAGAAUUCUCCAAGUUAAUUAUAGUUUUCCUCUUUUUGGCCUUAAAUUUGAAAUUCACUGUAAAUUUCCAGCAAUUCUCACGUUAGUUAAUAAUCCUGUUAGUCUGAUACCAGCUGAACUCUGGUCGUUAUAGUACGUUGCUAAACGGCUACCCUGUAUUCUAAAAACUGACCAGGUUUCCAUAAAAGGUGAAAUUUGCACUGUGCGUCUUAAUGCCAAGCAGUCUAAAUUGUCUGCACACUCUCACUCAAGUGCUUCUGGGUUUUUUUCUUUCUUAACCACCAAUUUUUAGUACUUUUCAUGGACUCCCAACUCUUUGGUUAAUGACAGGUAAGUAAUUCCUUAUGAGAAGAAAAAAACAAAACACAAAAGUGAAAACCUCUGAUUCUUUUUAAUGUUUUAUCCGUCGUUCAGCAUUGCCAUUAUAAGCUUUUGGCACUGUAUUCAUGUUUAUUUUAUAGUUUACAAAUCAUGCCUCUCCUUUCUGUAGCUGUUUUGAAAAACCUAAAUGAAAAGUCAAUUUGAAAAUUUUUAUUGAAGUUUAGUUCUGCAUCAGUUAUAAUACCAAACGUGAUCUGGGCCCUGAUGUUCCAGCUGUUGUGGAAUACAGCACGUUUUCUAAUUAGUUACCUAUGAAUUCUUGUCACAUGGAUGUACAACGACAGGCCCCCUCUGUGACACUCAAUCAGAUAUGGAUCUAAGUGCCUUUUCUCAUAAAUGCAGGCCAGAAAGGGGAGAUUUCACUCGCACGGACUAAUCCAAAGAAACUAAAUGUAAUUAACUGUUCUGAGAUUUAUAUGGAUAUUUACAUUUCUGUUCAGUCUAGAGCAAUAUUUUAAUACUGGCAUUCAACGGCAUAUUGUUAUUUUCAUGUUCACACUUGUAUGGAGUAUGCAUCCUAAAGAAGCCAUUUCUGGAUCUUCUCAUUUUGGCCAGAGGCCCUUAUUAUAAGUAACUGUUGCUGUUGUCAGAUGCUGUAUGCUGGAGACAACCCUUACCAAAGCCAAAUAGCUCUGACUGUGUUUGUUCAAGGAUAUAGGCUAAAGUUUGUAUUUUUAAUAUAUGCAGCCUGUAAUUUAUGCAGAAAGACGCGGAAUUGUUGAAAGCAGUUUAUUUUGCAAGAUGUACCCAAGGUGUGUCAGAAAAAAGGGUCAUAUUUAUCUUGGCAAGUGAACCUUUUUAUACAAAACCACUUCAAAGCAGCAGCAUGGCCCUACGUACAAUGCUUAGUACAUUAAUGCCAGGCUGGAGGGAGGAGAAUUGUUUUAAUCUUCUUCUUUCUACCAAAGCAUUGAACACCAUGUUGCUAAUAAUCUUACAAUAUGUUUAGUGUGUGACUGUAAAACUGGGCAAACGAAAUGCAUUUUUUAUUUUAUUAUUUGCAGGUUAUGGCUGCUUGACUAAUGCAUGUGCCAAAUAGUCUUGCUUGUACGCAUGUUUCCUAUCUUAAAACAUACACAGAUCACCUAUAGGCAAAUGUAUUUUUUUUUUUUUUUUUUUAAUUAAUCUAUGGAAUAGAAUCCUAGUUUAACAGAUCUUGCCUAUGUUUUGGUUUGCACCAACUACAACACAAGGCUAAGGACCAGAAAAAAAAUAAAUGAUAGUAUAUAGGGGGGAAAGGCAGUGUGGUGCAGGUACAUUUGUUAUAAGAUGAAAACAGACCAUUAAGUAUCUUCCUGAAACAUUUAAACACAUGCACUUACAUUUUUAUAUUUUAUAUAUAGCUUGUUUUAAUCAUUUAUUUUUAAACCUAGCAAGUGGAAUUGAGUAUCUAGUGAUUAGCUGGUAACUACCCAACAUGGAUGGGAUUUUGUGUUGGCACAGAGGUUUGUUUAAAGGGCCACUAUAGGCACCCAGACCACUUCAGCUUAAUGAAGUGGUCUGGGUGCCAGGUCCAACUAGGGUUAACCCUUUCUUCUAUAAACAUAGCAGUUUCAGAGAAGGGGGACCCUGAGGGUGGGGGCACCCUCAGGGCACUAUAGUGCCAGGAAAACGAGUAUGUGUUCCUGGCAUUAUAGUGGUCCUUUAAGGUCGCCUAUAAUUAGUUAUGGUAAUGAGAUUUCAUUGUAGGUGCUUAUUCAUUGUAAUGCUUAUGUCUCAAAUAUGUUGUCUAGUGAUGUAUAGGUUGUGUAUGUAAUAUCCUUAGUAUGAAAAAACAAAAAAAAGACUUUUUAUUUAUAUCAAGUGUACAUGAAAUGGACCAUGAACUUUAUUUAAAGGGACCCUCUGCUGGCCAAAUAAAAAAUAAUCACAGUUUAGUAGAUAUAUCGCAAAUUAAAACUUGCAUGCAUUUGAUUAUGCAUUUUUUGUUCAUUGGGGAUAUAUCUAAAGCCAGCUUACAAAAGCAGCAGCUCUCGCUUGCCUUUGGAAACCCUCCCCUUUCCGUGACUGUCCAAUCACAGAAUUCCCAAUGCAGCUCAAUGAAGUCUUUACAAGGCAGGUGCUCUGAGCAACUGCUGCCUCUUGAGUUUAGCUCCACUGAGCUAAACAAACCAGGAAGUAACAGGACAUGUCUUCUUGAAAGCCAGGGGGUGUUACCAGGUUAAUUUUGAAAAGUGUCAGUUUCUAUUAAAAUCUGCACUUUUUGCAAAAUAAAACAAAAAUUAGAAUUUACUCUUAACACACAAAGCUUUAUAGCAGGGGAACAUGCUUUCGGGGGCUGGAGUGUCCCUUUAACAGUACCAGUGUAGCGAGUGCCAUUAAAUCAGGAGAGUGCAAUUGUUUCCGCCGUCCGCUGUUUUUGUUUUUUUCUGAAUUGUGAAGAAACAUCCCCAACCCUACCCAAAGGUGUUAUGUGAACAUAAAGCAACUCUUUUAUAUGCUGUAACCAGCUCUAAAGGUUUAGUCCAACAUCUCCUUUAGAACUCUCUAGGAUUCUAUAGCUGAACUUGAGUGCUUCCAACCUGUACACAGCCAUUAGAACCUCCACAUUUGUCAGCAAGUUGUCUGCAUUUUGCAUACUAUAUUUUUCAGUGUUUCCUCAGCUUGUGUAGCUAUCUUGACAGGUAAACUCAUUCUUUGGGAAAAAGACAUAUAAUAGUUUUAUUUCAAAGUGUUUUGAUUGUAUCAAAUCUUUACAAUUUACAAUAAGCUUGUCAUUGUUAUACCUGGCUAGUAGUAUCGGACUUCAAAUUAUACGUUGUAGCUUAUCAAAUGCUGGCUUACAGACACUAUUUUCGUGGAACGGAUUUUCUCAUUCUUUGUGCCUUCCAUUUGCACUGGACGGUUCAGUUCAGUUCAUUCACCUGUUCCUUUUGCAAUAGCUCAACCAAGCUGGAAUUGUUGAUGUGCCACAAAUGGAACGGUUACCCCCACCCAUUAGAUAAUGCUUUAAAAGGAGUAAAAUAAAAGUGGUAUAUCUGUAACUUCCAAAAAGCUCUAUAAAUUUCUUAACAUGCUUUUCUCUCUAUAAGUUUAUAAUUUGCUAAUAUGUUUAUCUUUACUCCAGGCAUGCUUCAGAAGUGCCCCUCGGUGGACGAUUUUGUGGACGCGCUUGUUUCAGAUUUGGAUCCGGAUUUUGAAACAUUCCUCAUGGACUCUGAGUAGCUGGAUCAAUCCAUACAGAAUUAAUUACUUUUGGCACAAACACUUGACAACCUGUACUUUAAUUUGUGCCUUAGUUUAAAAAAAAACAUUAAAAAACUAGUAAAACCUGUUAAAGUUUUUAAAAUCUAUAUUUUUUAAUAAUUAAAAUUAUUAAAACAAUUAAAUAUAUACAGUAAUUUCCUUUUUUUUAAUUUUUUUUUUUACUUCAACUGAAAUGUUAAACCACAGUGUUCCUCAAUGCUCAUGGGUUUUUAAAUGGCUUCCCAAUGUUCUCAAUUUUUAUUUUAUUUGAAGACGCAGUGGGGUGGUGUAGAUAUGUGGAAAAAACAAAAGAAGAAAUUUUAUGGUGUAGUAUGUAGGUUAUAGAGGUAAACAUAGGUAAACCACUUACACUUUGUGAGAGCAUAAGUUUGCGCUUGGGUGGAAUAAUCCCCGCCUAGAGAAGUAUACAAAAAAACAAUAUGGUGUAGUAUGUCAAACCGAAGAAGGGAUAAAAAUAAAGCUAUAAAUAUUGCGCUCACAUAGUAUGGAGCCGGAACAGUGGCUCUCUGGAUAUGGCUUGGAGUGGUAUGAUCCCCACUCUAGGAUAUGUGUGUUGCUUGGGCCUCUCCAUAUAUGGACAUAGAAGAAAAAUAAAAAAAUACCAAUAGUGUAUAACUGGGACUAAAAUACAAAUAAUAUAACGUACUCACAUUUGAUGGAGCAAAUACAGAUUGCUCAAUCCAAUGGGCGUAGGUGGUUUUUUGUCCCCACCAAGGACCAGGGUGUUCAUAAAUCCAGCAGCGAUCAAUCUAGCAAUAUUUAGAAAAAAGGUCCCAUCCAAGUAUCUGAAUAAUAUAUAAAUAUUGUGAGAGAAAAUGUGGUUUGGUAGUUGAUGGCAUAUACAUUAGGCCUGAGUUACUGAACAGCAGCCUGAGGUUUGAGAGUUAAAUGUCCCAGGGAGAGAUGUUAGGUUUGCAAGAUGCAUCACUGGUACUCUGCAAACCACGGGAUGGGUCCCUGGGGCGGAGCACUUGGAGAGUAGGGUGGGCCAGUGCUCCAAAAGCACCAGCUGCUAAUUAACCCCUUUAGACCGGAGGGCGUACUAUUACGCCCUCUAAUAGGCGGCUCUAAAUGCCGCUGGGCGUAAUAGUACGCCCUCCGGUCUUUCGGUACUUACCCGGUCGCCGGCGGUCCCACGCCGGCGAUCGCGGUGGGGGGGACUCCCAGGGAGCCCCCCGCGGCACGUCCGUCCUCCUUGAAGCCCCCCGGCCGUGUGAGAGUGGGGUCCUAGCGAGGACCUCACAAUCACAUGGCCGGGAUAGCUGGCUGCUGCAUUGCCAGCAGGGGGGCUGCCUGUAAUGACAGGUGGUCCCCCUGCUGGCUGAAAAUAAAAUUAAACCAAAUAAAUGGUGUAAAAAAAAAAAUUAUAUAUACUUAGAUCAUAUAUAUAUAUAUAAUAUAUAUAUAUGAUCUAAGUAUAUAUAUACACAUAU